GCGGGGCACUGCUCUAGCUGCCACAUGGACACGUGUAUUCUGAUGUUUCUUGAUUUAAACCAACCUAAGUGAAGAUCAGUUAUACUGAACGUUCCAUUCUCCCGCGUUACAGCUACCCGUUCCACGUGACCACGGCAGGCACGUGACCGGCUCCCUGUGCAGAGAGGAAGAGUGCUUUUAACCUCUAUAGUUGCAUAUCAGGGCCCGGGUAGUCCAGUAGCAAACAUGCAGCUGACGGCUGGUGUGAUUCGCCGGCUAGAUGAGACCGUGGUGAACAGAAUUGCUGCAGGAGAGGUGAUCCAGAGACCCGCCAACGCCAUUAAGGAGAUGAUAGAGAACUGGUAAUGUGCCUGGCAUCAGGACGGGGGCAGCACUGAUAGAACAUGGCAGCUCCACCUGCUCUCAUAGAAUGUUACAUUAAAAAGUACUGUGCUCCCCUUUUUGUGCAUUCUGUUCAUUAUGGGAUGAGGCCGUGUGAUGGCUGUUCUGUGACAUGCCAGCUGUGUGACGGGCUGGCUGAGCUUCAUGGGAAGUGACGUCUGCCGCCCACAAAAUGCCAGAUGGUCAACCAUGGUCGUAGGUAACUAGUAAAUCUCACCUACCCCAAUUUCUGCUCAUGCACGAGGAUAGUGAUUUGGCAGCAAAUGCAAAAAGUAUAUAGGAGGUUUAUGUAUAUAGAGUAAUUCUGGGGUAAAAUUCAAAUUGUGGAGCAAUCAACAGAAACAUUUCAUCGGUUUCCAUUUUGUCUACUCAACUUUAGCAAAUAAUUUUUCUCUAGGUUGUUUUUAAUUUGAUGCUUUGGUGUAUAGUUUUUUUUUUUUUUUUUAAUUAAAAAAAAUUAGUAUUUUGAGUAUUGAUUUGUUUUUAUUUAUGUCUUUAAAAAGGAACUGUUACUUCUCUGGAAAUUACACAAUUGAUAAAACAUUGGAUUUCACUAAUAAUAAAGAUCACUGUUACCUCUAAAAUGUGCUGUAGUGGUUUUGGGGGCAGGAAUGUCCUGGCACCAUCUCAUGGUAACCAGUCAAAUCACUUACUAAAUGAGGGAGAUGCAAGUGGCAAACUUUUGCUUGAAAACAGCUGUGCCAUAUUUUGAAAGUUACUACCAUUGUUUAAUUAGCGAAUGGUUUGACGGCUCACACUUGGUGUGUACCAGGGCACCCUGGUACCAUAACCACUACAACACAAACUAGUGCUUAGGAUGCAUGGGGUGUGCCUUUAGUGUUGUGCUAUGUAUAUAAAUAGGGUAUUGGCAUGAACACCUUAAACGACCGUCUGUGCCUUUUGUGCAGGGCUUUAAUGCCCCUUAAUGGCAUAGACCGUCAUGCAUUGAAAGUAUUAGCGGGGUUAAAUCCCUGCUGGUUUCAAGGUGCUGCAGGUAGUGAGGACCUGAUUGUCCACUCCGUCAGCCAGGGCCACAAUUAAUGGCCCAGACUGACAGAUGAGCUAUGUACAGAGCACAAAGUUAGCACAGCACAUAAUCCUUUUAAAUACCGCAGUUGAGCAGUCUGGUUUAUUCUGCUCUUAGCCUGACAAUAGCUUUAAAACAGAGAGCCCCCAGGUAUCUUUCAAUAACUGAGGGACCCCUCUGUCAGCAGGAGCCUUAAUGGUAGCCCCGGCCUUACAGAUGAGCAAUGUACAGCUCAGCCGAUUCUUAGUCUGCCCCCCACUGUGAGGGCCCCCACAGUCUUAAAAGAUCCUGUUGAGGUCUCCCUGCUUGCCCCUCUUCCCUGUGAUUAAUGCUGGGCUUUGCCAGCUGCCAAGUACAAUCAAUUUCCCAGAGCUCUCUGUACUGUGUGAGCUGGGAAAUCCCUUUGCUGAUGUCAGCAGAGCGAAUCCUUCUGGGAUGGGAUUAGGAGUUGGAUUAUACAAAGGUAAACAUGUGCGGUAUCAUUAUAUUCCAGAACAUUAGCAGAAUGGGAUAUGUAAAUUAUUACAUGUGGUAGGUUAAUUCCCCCAAAAUACUCAUACUCUUGGCCAUGGCUUUUGCCACACAUGCACCAUGUGUUCCAGUCCUUCUCUAUGAGCAUCUUACUGAGAGACACUAUAAGCACCAGUACAAUUUAGCUUAAGCUGUUUUGGUGAAUAGAUUAUGCUCUUGCGGUCUCGUUGCUUAAAUCUCUGCCAUUUAGGAGUUAAAUCACUUUGUUUAUACAGCCCCAAACACUACACCUCUACAUGUGACCUACAGUCUCCCAUCACACAUUCUGUAAAGUGAUAAAAUGUUUAAACUUCCUUUAUUGCAUGGUCUGUUUAAUUAGAAUGGCAGAGAUUUGAGCAGCUAGACUGCAGCGGCAUACUCUAUAAACCCAAAACUGCCACAUUAGGCUAAACUCAUUUUGGUGCUUAGAUUAUUCCUUUUAAUACCUAAAUAAGGAAGGUGGAGUAAUUAUCAACAGUUUAAGGAAUACUCCAGUUAAAAAUAUACAUAUCCAGUCCAAGGCUUUUAGUGUGGCACAAUGUGGUAAUCUUUGUGCUCCACCAAUACAGUGCUUCUUCUAGAGAAAAAUGGAAUCUAAACGCUUUCCUAUGAGACGCAUUAACCAUUUUUAGAAUGUUGUAAGCACACACAUAAACAUUAGUAAAUACAUAUAAUUGUUACAACCUUAUUAAUGUGGAGUAGGUUAUAUCAAAGAAAUACUCCAAGCUCCAUAACCUCUACCACUCACUGUAGUGGUUAUGGUGCCGGGAGUGCCCUGGCACACUCUCAUUGUAUGUAGUCAAACCGAUUUUGAACAGUUUGACCUUUUACCAGGGGUCUGCUGGGUGCCGCUUCCCGCAUCCAUUGCUAAUGCUGGAGAUCCGGAAGUUCUAAGCGAGAGCUGCUGUUAGAUCUCGUGAGUAAGCCCUGCACUGCAAGGAGAGCAAAGGAAGUUCCUGCUUAGAACUUACUGGAUCUCCUUGUGGUAGUUUUGAAGAAAGGGAGCAGCAUCAUUCAAAAUGUUUGCUUACAAUGAGGAGUGUGGGUGUCGGGGUAGUCCAGGCACCAUAACAGCUACAGUGAGCUGUAGUUGUUAUGCUUGGCUUGCUCCUUUCAAACAAUUCAUAAAAACUGCCACAGCUUGCUCUGCGGCAUUGAAUAACAUUUGUAAUGGUUUAAUUUGUAUUACCAUUUACAGUUUGGAUGCUAAAUCAACCAACAUUCAGGUGACUGUGAAAGAUGGGGGCAUGAAAUUAAUCCAGAUUCAAGAUAACGGUUGUGGAAUCAGGGUAAGAUUCUUCAAUUGCUAACUGUAUUUCUGUAGAUAAUUAAUAAGGGGACUUUAAUUUGUGGCAUGUGUUCAACUCUAUUUGUCUGAUGUUUAUCUUAAGCAGGGGUAGGCAACUGUUGGCACUUCAGAGGAUGUGGACUACAUCUCCCUUAAUUACCUUGUAGCCAUUAUGCUUGCAAUGCAUCAGGGGGAUGUAGUUCCCAAAAUUUGAAAUACAGAAUGUUGCUUACCCCUGAUAUAGAACAUUUGUUUUCAACCAGUGUACUGUGGCAUGUUGCUGUGUCUUAAAGGGUUACUCAGUGAUUUGAGUGGUCAUGGUGCUAAUAUGUCUGUAUGUGCAGCGUUUCGCUGUUAAAUGCUACACAUACCAAGUUUAACUCCUUUGCUGCUGGAUGCGUAACCUCACAACUCUGGCAGGAUUAUGGGGUGUCAUCAGCCAGUCCAUUCUGUGCAAGUUUAGAUGCAUAUACACCCAUACAUUGGUUGGGAGCAGACAGCUGAUACUCAGUCAAUGAACGAGCGACAGGAUCGACAUCCAGCUUCUGCAGACCCAUCUUAAACCUUCCUACAGAGGAGACCCAGUGGGCUUUAGUGGUUAUAAUGGUUAGAGUAACCCUUUAAUCCACCUCACAACAUGCCACGAUCAUAUGAACGUCUAGGCUUUAAUAAGCUGAAUGCAGUCCAAAAAAUAACAAAAACCCUGAACAUUUAAAAAUAUCAACAUUAACAUUGAGAUUUCCACCUGGCAGUUCUUUAAAACUAGUUGCCUUAGAAGUAUGCAUCUUUCUCUAGUAAGGCUAAGAGUGACAUUUAUAUGCUGGCAAUAUAUGUAAAGAGAAUCCAGUCCAUCAAGUUCAAGACACAUCUUAUGUUGUUGAUUCAAAAGAAGGCAAAACACUUGGUUUUAAACGAUUAUCAUACUUAACUCCAUAAUGUCAAUCAGCUUUCUCCUUGGAUGAGCAAUUUGUUCAUAAACGUAUUAACUAUAUCCUUGCAUAUUAUGUGUUUCCAAAAAUAAAAAUCACCCAGGCCUUUUUUCUUUUUAAUAUCUACAGAAUCUGAUAAGACAACAUCUUUGAGCAGAGAAAUCCACAUCUUAUUGUUUUUACUGUAUAAUAGUAUAUCUGUGUCUUGGCAUUUUUUGUGGUCCACAAAAUGUGCCUUGGUCCAGAAAAAAUAAUCUACUAAUCUAAAAGUUAGUUAAAGGAGCACUACAGUGCUAGGUAAAAAAACACAUUUUCCUGGCACUAUAGGGUUAUUAGGUACCCCCCUCCCACUAGGUUGAAGGGGUUUAAACCCCUUCAGCCACUUACCUUAAUACAGCGCCGGACUCCCUCAGUGCUGGUGACCUCUCCUCCCCCUGCCGACGUCGGCUCCGAAUGAGCCGCCCAUAGGAAAGCAUUACUUAAUGCUUUCCUAUGGACAUCCAGCGUGUCCUCAGUUCGAUUUUCGCAUUGAGGAUCGUGUAAGCAAUUGUAGUGGCUGUCAGGAAGACAGCCACUGGAGGAUGGAUUAACCCUCAAUGUAAACAUAGCAAAGUUAAAGCUAGGUGGUCUGGGUGCCUAUAGUGGUCCUCUAAGUGAAUUAGUACUGUAUUAUUUGAAGUUGUACAUUCUGUUAAUGUUCAUUGCCAAGUUAUAGCAAAGUCAGUGGUAUAACUUUGCCUUAGUUCUUUUAGUGUAGUGUAGUUUAUGACUCAUUUUACUUGUAAAUUCCAUAAAAUGUCUUUCUGAUUUUAAGACUUUGUUACAUAUUUACAACUUUAUUGCACUGAUAAGCCUCACAAUUUUUAAAUGUGUGUGUGUGUGUAUAUGUGUAUAUGUAUGUGUGUGUGUGUGUGUAUAUGUGUAUAUAUAUAUAUAUAUAUAUAUAUAUAUAUAUAUAUAAACACUUUACAAAAACAGUGUCAUUUUAGCAGUAUUUUGAGCAAUAAUUUAUAUGCUGCCUUCCUAGAAAGAAGACAUGGAUAUAGUAUGUGAGAGGUUUACCACAAGCAAACUGCAAUCCUUUGAAGAUUUGUCUAGCAUUUCUACUUAUGGAUUUCGAGGAGAAGUAAGUCCUACAACCUACUGUUUUAAUAACAUAACCUGUAAAUUUGAUAGGCAUGUCAAAAGUUUUACAAACUACCACUGCAUUUAAAAAAUAAAUAAAUUUAUAAAUAAAAAAUUAUUAUAGCUGUAAGUUUAUAAUAAUUUGUUUGAAUUAACGGUUCAGAUUAUUACAUAUAAUUAAAAAAAGCCUUUUUUUGGGGAGGGGGAAUCUGUAGUCUGUAUUCAUGCUUAACAAAUUAAUCUUGCAAAUUAAACACUGUAUAAUUCUUUAUGGUGGCAUGCUUUAUGAAACCUAUUAAAGCGAUGUCUAAUGGCAUGACCAUCAUUUAAACAUGUAAAAUAUAAUUCAUCAUAUUGAUAAAUUAUAUAUUUUUUUUUUCCUGAAAGGUGUUAUAGCAGUACUCCCUGCUUAGACAGAGGUCCAUGGGUUGUAAUACCCAAACUCCUCUGUUGCCUCCUCUCCUCUGUGGUUGACCUUGCUUAGGGAUACAUGCCCAAGUUGGGUAAUUCUAACGUAUGAUGCUGAACUGCUAGUUUCACUGCAACAAAUUGGCAUCAAUGCAUCCUGUACUCCCACUGUACAUACCAGAGUGAUAAGUAAAAAGAACUGCCUUUGGGAGGCUUAUUUUACUCUCCCUGUCACCUAAUCCUCUGAUUAAACCUGUAUGCUACUUAGAUACAGACUAAUGCCAAGGAUUGAUUGAAGGUCACAGCCAAAGAUUGACGCAUCAGGGAACUUUCCUCAGGCAACACCACACUAGCGCUUUGACGUACUUGCGCUGUGCAGUGGGCAUUCAGAGAGUGCUUCAGCAGAACCCCGUGCGUGGUGCUACAUGUAGAAGGCCAGCCGGGAGACUGUUUGUCAAUGUGGCAUGCUCAUUUUCUGUCUGGGCCUCCCAUUAUAGGCAUUGUUGUGAUGCAAGUUCGUGAUGUCCCCAAUGGCUUGCCGAGCUAUCCCGAUUCCAUACUUCCAUGUGUUGGGAGUUAUGCAUUACUGCUUAAGAAUGCACAAUUUAAUGUGUCUAUGAGUGGUUUAGGGCAGUUGCUGAACAGGUGGUCAUUCAAAAUAACCAGUGCAAAUAAACUUCACUUUGUAUCUGUAUACCUGGUGUGUACAGCUAUAGUAUGAAAUAAUCCUUCUUUUGGCCUCUCUUCAGAGAGGAAUUGAUGGGUAUACAUCCUUUUUAAACCUUCUAGAAGUACUUCUUAUAAAGAAUUGACAAAGAGUUUUUAGUGUUAAAGGGACAAUGUAGACACUGUAACUUCUUCAUCUCCGUGUGUCUGGAGUCUCUGGCAUUGUUCUUCCAUUCAGCGUUAAACAGUAUUUAAUGCCAGAAGCAUUCGCAGCAAUGGGUAGCAGUGGUUGGCACAGAGUGUUAGCUGUCUAUUUCAUCCAAUAACCAUACCCUUUGCUUGUAUUUAUUGGUAUGACUAGAAGGAAGUGUAUAAACUCUGCCUUAGCCACACCUCCAGUAGGAGCUGAGCUGUGGAAAAUGGGGAAACUUACUUGUUGAACUUCUCAAUUUCAAACUGCUAAGAAAUUGUUUAAAGGGACACUCCUGGCAAACAGACCACUUCUGCCCAUUGGAGUGGUCUGGGUGCCAACUCCCACUACCCUUAACACUGCAGGUGUAAUUAUUGCAGUUUUUAUAAACUGCAAUAAUUACCUUGCAGAGUUAACUCCUCCUCUAGUGGCUGUCUGCUAGACAGCCAUUAGAGGGCACUUCCUGCUUUGUGAGGACCUCCAGCAUCACUAAAAUCUCCACAGGAAAGCAUUGAAAGCAUUUUCAAUGCUUUCCUAUGGGGAGGUCUAGUGCGCGGCAUUGGCGCACAUUAGGUCUCAUCCUGCCGGCGGCCGCGCAUGCGCAAUUGGUCUCCCCCGACAGCUGACUUCGGCGAGGGAGGAGCGUGGGCAGACCCUAAACCACUGCCGAGGGACAUCGGAGGUGGUCUCAGGUAAGUCACUGAAGGGGUUUUCACCCCUUCAGCAACAUGCGAGGGAGAGGGGACCUGCAGUGCCAGGAAAAAGAUUUGUUUUCCUGGCACUGGAGUGUCCCUUUAACACUGAAAGGAGGGACAGUGUCAGAGGACUGAGGGUGGUUAUAGCAUCUACAAGUGUCCAUUUAUUGUUGGUAAAAUAGAUUUAAUAACACUUGUGGUGGAAUCAAUUUCUGUGUAUUGUCUGUUCUCAAUACUACAGUCUAAAUGCAUGUUCACAUUGCAUGUAUAAAAGUCUGUUUUUCUAUAUGCAAAAUAUGUAAUGAACACACAAUAUUAUCUCUACUUAUACUUAUUUUGUUGAAUAGGCAUUGGCAAGCAUCAGUCACGUGGCUCAUGUAACUAUAACCACAAAAACAGCAGAUGGAAAAUGUGCAUACAGGUAAUAUUUUGACAUUAGUUGUAGGUGUGCCAUAUGUGAUAUGAUUUCAUUACUCAUUCUGACACUUUUUUUGUGUGUUGCAUUUCAUGGUUGCUCAACCUUUUAUAGGUUCUAUUUAUUUUAUUUUCUAUAAAAAGAGAGUGUAAAGAGGGGGAGGAAAACAGUGCCUUAGGGAUGUCUUCCAGUCCAGAUUCGGAUGGGCAAUAAUGCAAAAGAAAGGAUUAAAGUAUAUAAUAUAUUAUAGUAUAUCUACGGUUCAGGUGAGAUAAAUAAAAGAAGUGCACUUACAGUUUUCUGUAAGUUAUAGUUAGUUCCAAACAUAUAUACGCCUAGACAGUACAAUCCCCGCCAAUGGAUUUAGUUGGUGUCUUGAUCCAGUGAUAUAGAACAAAUAAAAGAAACCAAAUAUAGUGUAGUAUAUUCAGUAUACUAGAUAAAAAGUAAAUGUAUCUCUGUGGAAGUACACUCACAAUUUUAUGAAUCUAUCAAUUAAGCAAAUGUAGUGAGGUGAUCUACACCACUGAGGUAUACUGAGGUUCCCACUCUUUGAUGUGAAUAGCAGCAGACUCUCACAUGAGGUAUAGAAAUAAAAGAGAAAUUAAAAUAUAGUGCUCACUGUUAAAAUCAGUUUAAAGGAAUAAAAAAAGAUGCACUCACAGGAGUAAAACAUUUUUUGCUCAAUCCGUAUUGGCCUAGGUGGUAUAUUCCCCACCAAGGAAUCUGAUGAGACAAUUUCAGAUUGAAAUUAGAAAGGUCCAAUCUAGGUGUAAAAACAACAAUUUUAUUAGAAAUAAAUUAUAAAAGAGUAACACACUAAUGUUUCAUCUAAUACACAGGCUUUUUGAAAGUGUUACUGGCAUAGGGACCUUCACUGUUUAAAGGACCACUCUAGGCACCCAGACCACUUCCACUUAACCCCUUCAGGACGGGUGACGGACGAGGUCCGUCACAGAGGGGAGACCCUUAACGACGGGUGACGGACCUCGUCCGUCACGCGGUAAAAUUAACCCCGGAUCGCCGCGAUCGCAUUUAAUGGUGCUCCCGGUAUGCCUCUGCAUUGGAGGCAUACCGGGAGCACCCGGUCAGGCUGCCCAGCACAUGUGCUCGCUCUGACCGCAAGUCUGAGCACAUGUGCUCUCUAUACUCACCUACCGGCUCCCUGCACUUCCGGGUUCUGUGUGAAGUGCAGGGAGCCGGAUCAGUGAUGAUCCUGCACCCUGCUGUUAAAAAAAAUAAAGUUUAUUUAAAGUGUCCCCCCCCUUACCCAUUUUAAUAAAAAAUUAACCCAUUCCCUGCCAAUUGAUCACUGACUACAGUGAUCAAUUGGCAGGGAUUACAUUUUACUAUGAUCUGAUUUUUUUUUUAACCCCUGAGGGUUAAUUCUUUUUUUUUAACCCUCAGGGGUUAAAUUAAUUAAAUUAAUUAAUUAAAUUAUUUUUAAAUUAUAUAUUUAGAUAGCUGGGGUGGGUGGAAGUUAGUGGGGAAUUGGGGGAUUUGGCGUUAGGCUAACUAGGGGUUAACGUUAAAAAAAAGUUUUAAAAGAAACUUUAAAAAGUUAAAAAUUAAACUUAAAAAAUGUUUUAAUAACAUUUAAGUAAAAAAAACAAAAAAAACACACUUUACCUAGUCCAAAUAAAAAUUAACCCCUUCCCUGCCAGUCGAUCACUGCCUACAGCGAUCAAAUAGAGAUCACAGUAUUAUACUGUGAUCUAAUUUUUUUUAACCCCUGAGGAUUAACUUUUAUUCAUUUUUUUUUAACCCUCAGGGGUUCAAUUUAUUUAAUUAAUUUUAAAUAUUUUAUAACUAUAUAUUUUGCUAGCUGGGGUGGGUGGGAGUUAUGGGAAAAUGGGGAAUUUACUGUUAGUGCUGCGUACUGCUAGUUAGGGGUUAACGGUAAAAAAAAAAGCUUAGAAAAAUGUUAAAUCUGUAAAAAAGUUUUAAGAAAGUUUAGGAAAGUUUAAAAAAAAUUUAUAAGCAAAACAAAAGUUUAAAAACUAGUUUUUAAAAGUAAAAAAGUUAUAAAAAGUAAAAAAAUACAUUUUAAAAACGCUCAUUACCACUACACCUGGAACAAACUAGAGAAAAAAUUAUCCCACGCCAAGGUUCAAAAUAUGCCUUUUGAAUUACCCCAGGGUGUAUUCUUUAAUAAAUAGUAUGUGUUUGUGGGGAAGUUUCAAUAACCAACCGUCUAAACUACUCCAAAUUGGAACAUGGACACAGCGUAAAACUUCAAAGUUAGAAAAAAACUGAAUGGCUGCGUCUCAAAUGCGCCCCUUCAACAUCCACAUAUACCUGGCAAAGGUACAUACGGGGGUAUUGCUGUACUCAGCCGACAUAGCUGAGCAACAUAUGAAGUAUUAUACAGUCAUAGUACACAUAAGGUUUGCAAAAUAUGCUGCGCAAACUCACUUUGUAUGUCAAAAAGGCAGAAAAAAUGCUUAUUACCACUACACUUGGUACAAGCUAGCGGAAAAAUGAUCCCACGCUAAGGUUCAAAAUAUGCCUUUUGAAAUACCCUGGGAUGUCUUCUUUAAGAAAUGGUAUGGCUUUAUGGGGAAUUUGGAUUAUAUAGCCUGGUAAAAUACUCUAAAAUGGGACAUAGGCACAGCAUAAAAAUUCAAAGUUUGAAAAAAACUGGAAUGGCUGUGUCCCAAAUGUGCCCCUCCGAUGUCCACACAUACCUGGCAAAGGUACAUACGGGGGUAUUGCUGUACUCAGCCGACAUAGCUGAGCAACAUAUGAAGUAUUAUACAGUCGUAGCACACAUAAGGUUUGCAAAAUAUACUGUGCAAACUCACUUUGUAUGUCAAAAAGGCAGAAAAAACGCUUAUUACCACUACAUCUGGUACAAGCUAGCGGAAAAAUGAUCCCACACUAAGGUUCAAACUAUACCUUUUGAAACACCCUGGGGUGUCUACUUUAAGAAAUGGUAGGCCUUUGUGGGGUAGUUUGAAUUUAAAACCUGCGAAGAUGUUUGGAAAUUGCACAUAGGCACAGCGUCAAAAUUCAAAGUUUGGUAAAAACGGAUAUGGCUUGGUCUCCUAUAUGGCACUGUAGCUUCACAAAAUAGUGACAAAGACAUUCAUUGGGGGUGUAUUUUUACUCAAAAGACUUAGCUGAGCAUAAUUUGGGAGGUUUGAACUUAGUGGCACAUAUGAAAUAUACAAAACGCCCAGCAAAAAUGCAAUCCGUAUGUAAAAAAUGCACAAAAUAAUUUUUUUACCACAUACUUUGGCAUAUAUUGGUGAAAAAAUGGGGGUAUGUUAAGGCACAAUAUGCACCUUAUGAGAUACCCUGGAGUGUCUACUUUUACAAAUGGUAGGCCUUUGUGGGGGUUUUUUGAACAGUCAAACUGUUAUAAUACCCCAAAUGGAAGCUAAGGCUCAUUAAAUUCAUCUCUCAAAAUUCUACUGUGAAUACUGAAAAGGACAGGUAUCCUGUAUGGCACUGUAACUUCACGAAAUAGUGCAAAAGACAUACAAUGGGGGUGUCAUUUUACUCAGCAGAUGUAACUGAACACAAAAUAAAACUUUGUACAGGAAUAGCACACACCAACUUUACAAAAUAUACACGAGAAUUUCUCUGUUAUAAGUUUGUGUGCCAAAAACCAAAAAGAACACAAUUUUACUCCAAUAUUUAGCAGAGGUUGGCGGUGAAAUGGCUACGUAGAAAGUGUCAAAACAACCUUAGGUAAAUAGCCCGUGAUGUCUAAUUUAUAUAAAUAUAUACUUUUGUGUGGCAAUUUUGUUUUCUUUUAUGGCUAUUAAGCUUACAAGACAAACAUAUCAAAUUCUAAAAUCGCUCCACAUUAAAAGUUUAUUUUACUCCUUGUGCUUUGUGACCUGUAACUACCAAAAAAAACUUAAAAUCCCAGACACAUUAUAUAUUCUGUAAAUCAGAACAAAUAAAUAAAUUUAUUUUUAAUUACUUUCCUUAACCUGCACUAAUUAUGCACACAUUAUUAUUGCAAAAACUGUAAAAAAAAACAAUAUUUUUCAUUUUUUUUGCAUUUUUCUGUAUUUUUUUUAUAAUAAGUAAGCAUUUAUAUAUAUAUAUGUUAUAUCAAAUUAAAGCCCUUUCUGUCCUUUAAAAAACAGUAUAUAAUAUGUGUCGGUGCAAUAAAUGAGAGAGAUGCAAAUUGCAGUUGAACGCAAACAGCAAGAAAAUGCAAAAAUUGCUUGUGUCAUUAAGCGUAAGUCAAGCUUCUGAAGCUGUGUCCUUAAGGGGUUAAUGAAGUGGUCUGGGUGCCAGGUCCAGGAAAAAGGUAAGUUUAACCCCUUUCCUUGCCGUCCAGCCUGGCGGGAGGGGGUCCCUGAGGGUGGGGGCACCCUCAGGGCACUGUAGUGCCAGGAAAACGAGUAUGUGUUUUCCUGGCACUAUAGUGGUCCUUUAAAUAUAAAUACAAAAUUAAAACAUAACUGUCACAUGACAUAACGUGACCAAUAAAGUAACUUAAAAACUGUAAAUAAAGACAAGGAUAAGUUGGUGUAUUGUAAAGAGGCUUUUUUUUUUUUUUUUUUUUUUUUUUUUCAUUUUUUUUUUUUUUUUCAUUGUGCAGGUGGGUACAUGUCAGUUUCCAACGCCACAAUAGCGUAUUUACAUAUGGCUAUACAUGCUUAACAGUGGCAAGAGUACGUGCACAUUUUUGAAAUACAAAGGCAAGAACAAUAUAACAGGCUGAACCAUAGUGGAAUGCUACUGCAGUGUAGAUUCUGGUGUGUGUGUGAAAUAAGUUACAUAGCGGUAUACUACUGCAAUGUUAGGAGUGCUGGGACAAGCUAGUCUUCUUGAGAGUCUAGGCAGGUGCUUAAAACAUGAGGAACCGCUGAUCUAGGGGGUUGUAGUGAAGUAUGUUGAGUAAAUGAGCGGGUGGGUAGGUUACUCUGGAUGGUUAAGUCAGUUAGCCCUUUUGUUCAUAACUAUGUUGGGCAUGUCGACACAGGACUCCUAGUUUCAGCAUCCUUAGAGUCAUUGUGGAAGUCAAUUGUGGAAGUCAAAGGGGAAGGGUUAGAAAAUAAUUACAGCGCAAGAAGAAUCACUGGUAAAGAGGCUUUUUAAUAGCAAAAUGAGUGGUAAAAAUGGGGAGAAUGAAAUAAAAAGGUGCUGGGCACUUUAAAGGUGAACCAAAAUGACAGCUGCUAACUGUCAACAAAUGAUUAUAAAAUCAAUUUAUCAAUGUUUCGGUCAAGGGCCUAUCUCUAUAUCUAUAUGGUUCCUACACUUUAUGAAUAUGUUCAAACUUUCCUCUGUGUUAAUACAGUUUACUAUUUAUAUUAUAUUACUUACUAUUAUAUUAUCUUAUUGAGGCUCAGCAAUACUUUUUGAUUCUUUAGUGUUAUUGUGUAAGCUGGGAAUUUUGGAUAACUGCAAAUCUAAAAUACUAUACUGGAAACAUAGGUGAGCUGGCACACUUUUUCUAUUUUGGUAGUUUUGUCCUACAAUUAUCAAUCCUUUUUAUAUACAUUCUACAGUUGCAGUUUAGUAAAUAGAUUGCAAGUUUGAGUGCAUUAAAAAAAACAAAAUGGUAUUAGUCUUUAAGGAACACUAUAGCGUUGGGAAUUCAAAUUUGUAUUUCUAACACUAGAGUUCGCUGGUGGCCGUUUAGGUAACUAGUCCCCACAUGCGGGGAGAAAAAAUAAAAAUAGUCUUUCUUAUCUUUUCUCCCACUCAGUGCCGGUCUUCACGGCUGGUCGAUGAUCUCCGCCAACCCAGGCAAAACGCACUGCUAUGCCAGUCAGAUGGUUUUUCUCAGACCAUUUGAUAGAAACAGCAGAAUUUUACUUUAUUUCCUCUGAAGUGCCUCUAGUGGCUGUCUGAGUGACAGCCACUAGAGGCACUUAAAUCUUGCAAUGAAAACUUUGCUGUUCAAGAGAGACACUGCACCCAGACCACUUCAGUGAGAUGAAGUGGUCUUGGUGCCUAUAGUGGCCCUUUAAAUAUAAUCAGAGCUGGAAAAUAGCACCAUACUAGAAACACUUCCUAGUACAGUUUAUAUCUAAGAAAACAUUAAAUUGUCCAUAUUGUGGGGCUAGCAAUAGAAUGAGAGAGCCUGUAACUUGCUGAAAUACUUCUUUAAUUUGAAACCUAAAAUGAAGAAAUCUUCAAUAUCUAUCUAAAAAAAAAAAAAAAAUUCAGUAAGUCCCUAGGACACCCACAUUACGAGUUGCGUGCCUUAGUCGCUUUUUGGCUACUUUUUUAUUUUGGCCCCAUUUAAAUAUACACCACUUUUCGUUAAAGAAAUGUAUAGAAUGCCCCUGUACUAAUUAUUAUUAUAAUUAUUAUUAUUAUUUGUAUUUAUAUAGCGCCAGCUUAUUCCGCAGCGCUUUACAAUAAAAGGGGAAUUUACCAAAUGAGACUAUCACAAAAAGUAACAGGAAUAAUAGGUAGUUGAGGACCCCGCUCAAACGAGCUUACAGUCUAGAGGAUACUACCACUUCUUAUUCCCUGGUAACGUGGCAGUGUGUGCUUGCCGUAAACUACAAGAACCAGUAUUGUCAAAAAAAUACCCAUCUUAAAGGGUAAUGAGCAUUCAAAGUGAAUUCGAAGUGAAUUUUAAAUUUGAGGCCAAAUUGAACACUUUGAAUGUUUUCAGUUCAGCUAUUUUUACCUUGAAUUUUAAAUUUACUAAAAAUUCUCUUUGAAUUCUUACUUUAGUGAGUCUUAUUAGUCGUAUCUGCUUACAGAAAUUUUUUUUGUUCUAAAAAGCCUCUAACACAUAAAAAAGCAACUGUAUUACAUAUGCACAGAACCUUUAACAUACAUAGUGGAUUUAUGCUGUGCUGAACUGUCUCAUGAUAUACUGCCUCGAUUUACUGUUCUCCCCCCCCAAUUAUUUUCUGCACACCAGAGCAAAUUAUUCAGAUGGAAAACUAAAAGGUCCUCCAAAACCAUGUGCUGGUAAUCAAGGAACACAGAUUACGGUAUGUGAAACACUCUAAAUUAUAAGUUACAUAAUGUUGUAUAGUUGUUAUUUAAGAAACUGUGAUUAAACAUGUAAUGUAUUAAAAAUGAUACGGAGGGGGGCGGGGGGGGGGGGCGCUAAACGAGAGCUCAGAGAGAAAACCUGCCGAUACCCUAAAAUAUUGAGAACUACUACAAAGAAAGCCUCAUUUUGCAGCAGGAGAGUGUCGGUGGUACCCCGAGACUCACCAUAAGGGAUUUUAUCAACUUGCGGAGCAACCCGAAUCCGACAACGAUUUGCGGCCUACCAGCGGAUGCAGGCGUGAGAGAGGCGGCUGAUCUGCCUGUAAGCUAACCUGCUGGGAAAAACGCUGAGGUUUUCCAAGCUCCACUAUACAGGCUCUACUUACUCGCAGAGAGGGGAACAGAGUUUCUCACCCACUCCUGCUAAAUAAACACAGCCACGAGAUAAAAGCCAAGAUGGCGGAGGACGGGCCUACUACAGAGACAUGAGGCCUUCUAGAAAUGUUUGAAGAACAACUGGAUGCCCACUUCCAAGACUUUUGGCAGAAACUGUGGAGCACUGGAGGGCAAAAUGUUAGAAAGCGACAGGAACCUGUCCAGCUUUCAAGUACUGCAACUGACCGAUCCUUCCCAAACUUCCUUAGCUGCUGUCUGCAGAUGCACAUGAUCACGUCUGUCCUGAUUGUGCGAAACUAUAACCUCAAGUCCGAAACCAAAGUAGAAGGUGUAUACAAUGUAUGGAAGUUUACUUCACAUACUGCUGUCACUAUCUGAGUUAUUUUUAGACAUGUGUAAGAGUGAAAAACUUGUUUCUUUAAGUGUUGUUCCAGUUUAUUUUCUCGUUUCAGUUCGUCCAAAAUUUGGAAAUUUGCAAUUUGGAACGAAACAAUAUUUGGAAGAAUUUCAGAACUAAAACGAAUUUGGAUACCAAAUUGUGGCGCUAUUUAGCAGAAAGCCCCCUAAUUUGGUAUCCUUAAAAAUAACAAUCACACAUAAGGGUACAAAAUUAGUAUUCUUUAGUUGUUUAAUAGUUAAUUCCCUAAUUUGCUAUCUUUAUGAAAACUAAUGGAUCAAUUUUUUUAUUUUUUUUUUUAUCAAUUUGUCCCAAGUUCGUUCUCAGUUAAUCCCGAAUUAGUUCAUGUUCAGUUCAUUCUGAAUUUGUUCACUUUCAAUUUGUGUAGGAGUUAAGACACUUCCAAAUUAACAAAUUUUGUCUAAAAUUUAUUUUGGGGCAAAACUAUUGCACAAGUCUAGUUUUUCCCCACAUAUCCUCCCUAGAGUCCAUUCACUUGAAAAGUCCUUUAGAUAAGGACUGAAAUGUUCAUACCAAUUUAUUAAAUACCUUUUAACUUUUUCUCACCUUACAUUUUUGUGUUUGCUUUACAAAGGGAGCAUGUGCCUAAUAUAUGUACGUGAGUUGGAACCGGAAGUAGUGCCCGAAAUAUUUGCUUUUGUGUUUUGUAUAAAGACCUUGUAGUUCACGUCAAGCUGUGCAUGCUUGUGUGCCUGUGUCCUUAUAUUGUACACACAAGUCAAAAUAUUAAUUUAUAAUUUAGCUACUUUCAGUCAUAUAAAUCAUGUUGAAAUUGAUACUGUCAUUAAUGCAAUCUGUCAGUCUUAACAUUUACCUGCAUUUCAGGUUGAAGAUCUUUUUUAUAAUGUGUCCACAAGGCGAAAAGCUCUGAAAAGUCCAAGUGAAGAGCAUGCACGAAUAGUUGAGGUUGUGAGCAGGUAUUGUAAAGGCUGCAUGUAACAUAUUGUACUCAAAUUAUGAAUAGUACUCUUUAUUAUUAUUGGCAUUUAUAUUGCUGCAACUUAUUCCGCAGUGCUUUAUAAUAUUAUAAAGGGGGAAAUGUAACAGUAAAUGAGACAAUAACAAAAUGUUACAGGAACAAUAGAUUGAUGAGUACCCUGUUCAAACAAGUUUACAAUCUAGAGACCAUCUUUUAGACAACUAACAGUUAAUGAUUUUCAUUACAAUACAGGUAGAAGCAUUCCUUUUUUUAAAUUGCAAAAUGUGGCUGAAGAUCUUUAGUUAAUGUGUGAACACUCCACAUCUUAACCACUACAGACCGCUGGGUGCCCACAGCCACAGGCUUUUCCUUCAGGAUAUUGUGGUUUGCUUUAUGGAGCUAAGAUGGGUCCAUCAAAUCUGGGCAGAUUGGGCACAUUGGCUGAGAUUAUUCAUUAAAUUACCUAUUGCUUUGUCUUUUCACUCAACUGUUUGGUAACCUAUUUACUGUUUAACAUCCGUUUUCCGUCUGACUGAAGGUGACUUAUAGCUAUGUCAUGCAAGUUGGUACCCUGUGUUAGAGCUGCAUAAGAAUACAACAUAUGUGGCAACAAAAAUAUGACCGUAGCAUUAUGAUUUGCCUACGCUACUGUAAAUUGCCAUUCACGUUAAUUUAUAAUUUUAAGCCCAUACACAUAUAUAUAUAUAUAUAUAUAUAUAUAUAUAUAUAUAUAUAUAUAUAUAUAUAUAACACAUUAACGAAUUGCACCCAGGCAAGUACCAACAAUUUUGUCAGCUAAAGGUGGAGUGCAAAGUUAUUUUUUGAAUUAUAUAUGUAUAUAUUGUAAUGGAUCCUCUAUACUCCGACUGAGUACAUCCGUUGUAAGUCUCCUAAAUCCCAAGUGAAACAGUGAUCAGAGCCCUUGGUUACCCAAACAUUAACCAAGACUUGAUGAAGGGUACAACAGGAAUAUAUUCUUAAUGGGACAUGGUACAGCCAAGUUAUACACAGACGCCCAAGCAGUGGGUCUUCAUACAAUUACACACAAACUCUGUGUGCCUCUGUGUAUCUCCCUGUAUCUCCCUGUGCCUUUGAGAUAAUUGAGUCAGGAACUCAAUUGUCUCCCAGGUACAAAAAAAAAAGCAUACAAUCUUAAAACACCUCAAAAGUACAUUUUCAAUUUCAAAAGGGGUUAACUGAUUGCAUGGAAGGUCAGAGCUUACAACCCAAGUUCCUCUUUGAAGAUGGGACUCGAACAGAGCUGCAAGGUGUGAGAAGUCUCACAUGAGUGGCCUAGAAGUCUGGGCUCUGCACAAACCAACUCUCACAUGUGCCAUAUUUCUUGCUUGCCUCUCAGAUAGGAAGUCCAAUGAUAUGGUAAUGCUCAUUAGCUUUCAAGAAGAAAAAGAAACCCUUGUGAAUUAAUAUCUUAUCCAAAAGAGGCAUUUUCUUAACCUAAUUAUCCCCCAAGCGUUAGAGUUACGGAUCAUAAAACUUAAACUGUUAAAUAUACAUUCCACACAUAUAGGAACCCUAAAUAUAAACCAGGGAAAUGUCUUGUGAAUAGAAGGCAAAGUAUUAAUUUUGGCACAAAGUAUAUGGCCCAUAGCCGGUGGGCUAGCUUCCACACUCCUCCAGGAGUUUGUGACAAACGUCCAGGGUAAGGAGCAUUCGUCUCAUAUCUUCACCCUCCUGGGGAGACUAACCAGACCCCAGACCUCCAAUCGGUCUGGAUCUGUGUUAGUUGGGUGGCUUUUUUUCCAAAAAGUGCAGGGAUCCAGAGGGCCUCCUGCCCCAAGCUUCAAUUUGUAUAUCAAGGGUUUUUCUGAGAAGGGCAACAGCUCAAAUCCUUUCCUGAGGCCCAACGGUUGUUAUGGUAUAGCUGCUGGGGGGGGCUGAAGCAACUAUCCGCUCCCUGGCUGGGGGGUUGGGGAUCUGGGCCAACCGCUCAGCAUCAUUGUGUUCUAGAUGUGGGGACCACAGUCCCGUCCACACCUCCCGUUAGGGAUCAACCGAUUAUCGGUCUGGCCGAUAUUAGUGGUCUGGCCGAUAUUAUCGCCCGAUAUUCAGUAUUUUCGGCAAUAUCUGUAUUGGCCAAUAAAGAUACCGAUAUUGCCGAUAAUACAUACCAGGACCGCCGGGCCUAUUACAACCCUGGCGGUCCUGGGGGACUCGCAGCAAGCACCUUCUUAGCUUUCCAGCAGCUCCCUUCAGCUCCCAGUCUGAAUCUCACGAGUCCCGCAACUGUCUGAGCGCUGCUUAAUUUCUCUUUAUCUAUAUGCUUGAUGCUUAAAUGGUGGCUUUCUGGUGGGUUCACUAUUUGACUAAGCUACAUGACGUUAUAAAAUUUCAUAAUUAGCAUUCAUUCUCAGUGCAUAAAUUUAUAAAUAUAAAAAGGUUUUUUACAUAUACAGUAUCUCACAAAAGUGAGUACACCCCUCACAUUUUUGUAAAUAUUUUGUAUCUUUUCAUGUGACAACACUGAAUAAAUGACACAGUAUUGGAGACCGUAUCUUCAGAAGGAUAUUGAUACCUUAGAGAGGGUUCAGAGAAGGGCUACGAAACUGGUUCAUGGAUUGUGGGAUAAAACUUACCAGGAAAGGUUAAAGGAUCUUAACAUGUAUAGCUUGGAGGAAAGACGAGACAGGGGGGGAUAUGAUAGAAACAUUUAAAUAUAUAAAGGGAAUCAACACUACCACAACAAGAGGACAUAGUCUUAAAUUAGAGGGACAAAGGUUUAAAAAUAUCAGGAAGUAUUACUUUACUGAGAGGGUAGUGGAUACAUGGAAUAGCCUUCCAGCUAAAGUGGUAGAGGUUAACACAGUAAAGGAGUUUAAGCAUGCGUGGGAUAGGCAUAAGGCUAUCCUAACUAUAAUAUUAAGGCUAGGGACUAAUGAAAGUAUUUAGAAAAUUGGGCAGACUAGAUGAGCCGAAUGGUUCUUAUCUGCCGUCACAUUCUGUUUCUAUUUUUCUAUGUAACACACGGCCAUUAAUGUCUAAAUAAUUGGCAACAAAAGUGAGUACACCCCUAAGUGGAAAUGUCCAAAUUGGGUCCAAAGUGUCAAUAUUUUGUGUGGCCAGCAUUAUUUUCCAGCACUGCCUUAACCCUCAUGGGCUUGGAGUUCACCAGAGCUUUACAGGUUGCCACUGGAGUCCUCUUCCACUCCUCCAUGACGAUAUCACGGAGAUGGUGGGUGUUAGAGAUCUUGCGCUCUCCCAACUUCCGUUUGAGGAUGCCCCACAAAUGCUCAAUAGGGUUUAGGUCUGAAAAUAUGCUUGCCAUUCCAUCACCUUUACCUUCAGCUUCUUUAGCAAGGCAGUGGCCGUGUUUAGGGUCAUUAUGUUUGAAUACUGCCCUGCAGCCCAGUCUCUGAAGGCAGGGGAUCAUGCUCUGCUUCAGUAUGUCACACUACAUGUUGGCCUUCAUGAUUCCCUCGAAGAACUGUAGCUCCCCAGUGCCGGAAGCUCUCAUACAGGCCUAGACCAUGAUACUCCCACCACCAUGCUUGACUGUAGGCAAUACACACUUGUCUUUGUACUCCUCACCUGGUUGCCGCCACACACACUUGACACCAUCUGAACCAAAUAAGUUUAUGUUGGUCUCAUCGGACCACAGGACAUGGUUCCAGUAAUCCACGUCAUUACUCUGCUUGUCUUCAGCAAACUAUUUGUGGGCUUUCUUGUGCAUCAUCUUUAGAAGAGGCUACCUUCUGGGACGACAGCCAUGCAGACCAAUUUGAUGCAGUGUGUGGCGUAUGGUCUGAGCACUGACAGGCUGACACCCCACCUCUUCAACCUCUGCAGCAAUGCUGGCAGCACUCAUACGUCUAUUUCCUCAGGACAACCUGUGGAUAUGAUGCAGAGUACGUGCACUCAACCUCUUUGGUCAACCACGACGAGGCCUGUUCUGAGUGGAACCUGUCCUGUGAAACCGCUGUAUGGUCUUGCCCACCAUGCUGCAGCUCAGUUUCAGGGUCUUGGCAAUCUUCUUAUAGCCUGGGCCAUCUUUAUGUAGAGCAACAAUUCUUUUUUUUUUAGGAUCCUCAGAGAGUUCUUUGCCAUGAGUUGCCAUGUUGAACUUCAAGUGACCAGUAUGUGAGAGUGUGAGAGCGAUAACACCAAAUUUACACACCUGUUCCCCAUUCACACCUGAGACCUUGUAACACUAAUGAGUUACAUGACACCGGGGAGGGAAAAUGGCUAAUUGGGCCCAAUUUGGACAUUUCCACUUAGGGGUGUACUUUUGUUGCCAACAGUUUAGACAUUUUAACCCCUUAAGGACACAUGAUGGAAAUAUUCCGUCAUGAUUCCCUUUUAUUUCUGAAGUUGUGUCCUUAAGGGGCUGUGUGUUGUUAUUUUGAGGGGACAGCAAAUUUACACUGUUAUACAGGCUGUACACUUACUACUUUACAUUGUAGUAGAGUGUCAUUUCUUCAGUGUUGUCACAUGAAAAGAUAUAAUAAAAUAUUUACAUAAUUGUGUGUAAUGUACUCACUUUUUUGCACAGUUCUUCGUGUGUGUGUGUGUAUAUGUAUAUAUAUGUGUGUAUGUAUGUAUGUAUAUGUGUGUGUGUGUGUAUAUAUAUAUAUAUAUAUAUAUAUAUAUAUAUAUAUAUAUAUAUAUAUAUAUAAUAUAAUAUAUUAUGGUUAAUGCAAUGCAUUAACAAUUAAACAGCUGUCUAUGAGUGGUUCACUGGCUUUGCACAUCUUCCUGAGUUGUAUACAGCAGACAUAAACUCCAUGUAUAACCUGGAAUAAUAAGACAAAAAGGUGGUUUGUUGUUUAACUAAUUUGCAUAUGUUCACCCAGAAUCUCUUGUAGCAGUAACAACACUGCAAAUGUGAAAUUUCUGUGGGAAAAGCAAGUCUUAUGGUUUGACUGGUGUGUGUGCAGAUCUGUGUUUAACUAUGUAUUGAGUAUUUAAUAUGUAUAUAAAAUAUUUUUCAUCCAUUAUUGUUUAUAGAUAUGCCAUUCACAACUCUGGAAUUGCAUUCUCUGUCAAAAAAGUAAGUGGCCAAAUCCUAUAUAGUGACUAGGAUCUCUUUACUUUUUUUUAUAAUUGCAUUUUAGAUUAAUCUAAAGCAAAUACAGUGCAAUGUUUAAGGAAGACCACACUCCCUAUAGAAUCCCUAUGGGAUAUAUUUAUUUAAAUCUUCUGAUGUGUUUUAUAUGCUAUGUUUGACCGUGUGGUGGUACUCUCUGUGAUAUAGGUAGCUAUAGGCAUUGCUGAGCCUUCAUCGGGUCAAAACACACAGAGGUUUGUUUAGUAAUUAUAAAAGUAGAGUAAACUGAAAACAGAAUAGCACAAUUUGUGCAAAAUGUGCCACCUGAAAAUUUUCUCCUGCUCUGUUAGUCAUUUUAAUUUUUUUAAACUUACAUUUUGCAAUUUGGUAUGCUAUAGUUCAAUAUUUAGGGGAAGGUGUGGGGACCUCUGCAAAUACUCACUGUAGAUCUUUUCUUUGAUCUAUCUCCUUUCUGCCAGUUUGUCAAAUGAUCUUGCACUCAUACCUGUAAAACCAACUUUGAGUGGUUACCCAACCUAAGAUAUAUACCCUGUCCCCAGCCUCUAACAUAAAGCUAUACAGCCUCAUUUAAGGCAUUAAACCUUAUAAUUUAACAAUCAUCCUGUAUUGAUGACCAGGCCCUCCCAAUUCACCACCCGAGAUCCCUGUAUUGACCACACAUAGGGAAAUGACCUGGGAUGACCCCAUGCAGGUCAAACUUCAGUUUACUCUAAGUUUAGCUUCUACAUUACAACACAAAAAUGUUAGUUCAUAAAGUGUAUGUUUAUCACACAGAUUGUCUCAAAGCAUUGUUGUGAAAAAACCUGUCUCAACGACCACUACUACACCCUGUUCCAAAUUAUUAUGCAAAUUAUUUUUAAGUGUCACAAAGUUUGAGUUUAACUCAUGGAUGGCAUUGUGUCUCAGGGCUCUUUUGAUCAUUGAAAACAAUCUCGGACAACUGUGAUAAUUAGAUUGCCAGGUGAGCCCAAUUUAAGGAAAAACUACUAAAGGAGGGUGUUCCACAUCAGUAAGCAGAGCACCAUUAUCAUGCAAUAUGGCGAAGAAAAAGGAUCUCUCUGCUGACGAAAAGAGUGAAAUAGUUCAAUGCCCUGGACAAGGUAUGAAAACAUUAGAUAUUUCACGAAAACAUAAGCAUGAUCAUUGCACUAUUAAGAGAUUUGUGGCUGAUUUAGAGCACAGACGGGCUUGUGCAGAUAAAGGCACAUUGAGGAAGAUUUCUGCCAGAUCCAUGCAUCAUAUCAAGAGAGCAGCUGCUAAAAUACCAUUACAUAGCAGCAAACAGAUAUUUGAAGCUGCUGGUGCCUCUGGAGUCCCACGGACAUCAAGGUGUAGAGUCCUCCAGAGUCUUGCAACUGUGCAUAAACCUUCUAUUCGCCCACCACUAACCAAUGAUCACAUGCAGAAAUGGCUGCAUUGGGCAGAAAAAUACACGAAGACUAAUUUUCAAACAGUCCUGUUCUCUGAUGAGUGCCGUGCAACCCUGGAUGGUCCAGAUGGAUGGAGUAGUGGAUGGUUGGUGGACGGCCACCCUGUUCCAACAAGGCUGCGAUGUCAGCAAGGCGGUGGUGGAGUCAUGUUUUGGGCCAGAAGGUGUAAAGAUGACCUCUGCAAAGAAUGUGGAGUUUCUGACUGACCACUUUCUUCUCUGGUACAGAAGGAAGAACUAUGCUUUCCGUAAUGAAAUCAUCUUCAUGUAUGACAAUGCACCAUCUCAUGCUGCAAAGAAUACCUCUGCAUCAAUGACUGCUAUGGGGAUACAAGGAGAGAAAGUCAUGGUGUGGCCUCCAUCCUCCCCUGACCUCAAUCCUAUUGAGAACCUUUGGAGCAUCCUCAAGCAAAAGAUUUAUGACGGUGGGAGGCAGUUUACAUCCAAACAGCACCUCUGGGAGGCCAUUCUGACAUCUUGCAAACAAAUUCAAGAAGAAACUGUCCAAAAACUCACAAGUUCGAUGGAUACAAGACUUGUGAAGCUGCUAUCAAAUAAGGGGUCCUAUGUUAAAAUGUAACGUGACCUGUUAAAAUGUUUAAAAAGGUAAAAUGUUGUUUUAAGUUUGGUUGAAAUACCUUUUGAUUUCAGUAAAUAUGCUGCAAACACAACUAAUGACAAUUUUCAGUUCUUUACAACCUAUAAAGUGUUUUGAAACUUACUGUGCGUAAUAAUUUGGAACAGUGCAUUGGAAGUUUUUUAUGUUUAAAAAAAAACAAAACAAUACUGUUAUCAUUAGGUUUGUUAAAUAAAAUUUGAAUUGUACUCUUAAUAGUUGAUAACAUGAGAAUUAUGCUGACUGUUAUUUACAUCAAUUAUUUAGGUAAAUGAGAAAAAUAUCAUUUGCAUAAUAAUUUGGAACAGGGUGUAUGUAUUAUGAAAUGUUUUCUGCUAUCUUUUGAAAGAGAGUCAGACAGUCUUCCAGGACACUUCCUCUGCACACAGUUUAUUUUCGAUCUUAAGGUUUUUCUUUAGCCUGAUUUUAUCUUUUACCUUUUAAAAACAUUUUUAUUACCUCUACCAUCUCAACCGAUAACUUAAACGUGUGUGAAAAGAUUGGAAUGCCUGAGCACCAGCCAGUGUCAUGCUCUAUUAGCUAAUGCACAAGAGUUCUGUAUAGCCCAAUUACACUAAUGCUAAUUAUAGUUAUGUUUCUAGUUAAUCAACCAACUUAGUAAUAUAUAAAAAUAUUUCUCUAUCAACAAGAAUUAUGUGACCUGUAAAGUGCAUCACUCUUGCUAACUAUGCUGAUAUAUCCUGGUACAAGUUUAUUUUUUGUCUGUAUGUUGCUAUCAUCUAAAUAAAACAGAGUUUAAAUCUGUAAGAAAUAUAUAUUAAUGCAGUGGCAAGGUUAGCAUAAUUGAUUGAUGAAGCAACUACAGUUAUAGAUAGAGGUCACCAAAAUGGACCUAAUCACAUCUCUUUAAAGGACCACUAUAGUGCCAUUAAAACAGACUUGUUUUCCUGGCACUAUAGUGCCCUGAGGGUGCCCCCACCCUCAGGGACCCACUCCCGACUGGGCUGAGGGGGGAGGAAGGGGGUUAAACACUCACAUUUCUCCAGCGCUGGGCUCCUUCGGCACUGAGUACUCUCCUCCCUCUUCUGAUAUCAUCAGCUGAAUGCACAUGCACGGCAAGAGCCGCGCGCCCAUUCAGCCAGUCCAUAGCAAAGCAUUCUCAAUGCUUUCCUAUGGACGCUGGCGUCUUCUCACUGUGAAAAUCACAGUGAGUAGCGCGGAAGCGCCUCUAGCUGCUGUCAAUGAGACAGCCACUAGAGGCUGGAUUAACCCAUAUGUAAACAAAGCAGUUUCUCUGAAACUGCCAUCUUUACAGCAGGCAGGGUUAACCCUAGAUGGACCUGGCACCCAGACCACUUCAUUGAGCUGAAGUGGUUUGGGUGCCUAUAGUGGUCCUUUAAAUAUAGAAUUGUUUAAUAGACUAUAAGUAGAGGAGAGGAAGAGUCUGAGCAGCAACCCUAAAAGGGAAUCCCUCACGAAACCCUUUGUGAAACAAGGAGGUACAAAACAAGGGGUGAAGGGCUGCGCUUUAACUAAAAAGAGUAAAAGGGAUAAAAACAAUUAAAGUUCAGCCGAAUAAAUAAAAAAUAUAUAAAUUUAAAACAGUCUCACUGGUGUGCAGUGAUGUAAUAUAAGUCCUCAAGUGUCGCUCCGUCCUUAUGAUAGGUAGUCCAUAUAUGUGAAGACAAAAAUAAGAGAACAAGGCUUCCAAUGGUGAAAUAUUGUAUGUCCAAAAUGUGGUAUAUAUUCAAAGGAAAGGUAUUUAACUCACAUUUGUUGGAGCUCUAACCAGCUCUAGGAGAAGAGGCACUUAGUGGUUUAAUCCCCACUAUCGGAUAUACUUAAACGGUUGGUCCGUUCGUCCGGCUUGAGGUUUCUUUGGUGUAGGCUAGGACCUACUCAGAUGUGCGUAUUCGUUAUGCUGGGGAGAUAGGUCCGCCUUUCCGGUGUUAAAUAGUAGAUGUCCACGAGAUAUAUAAAACAGCAGAUAGUGCUCUCAGUGUGAACAACACAGUAAUAUGUUAAAAUAAAACUUAGAAAAAUAGAGCAGACAAGUACUGCUCUAUUGCCAUAGCGCUGGUGGAAUUAUCCCCACCUCAGGAUUUCUUUGGACGGGAUAUACUUCGGUAGUAAAAAAUAAAAUCGUAAAAGUAUAAUAUAAAAUAAAAAUAAUAAUAUAAAAAUAUAAAAAUGCCAGGAGUAAAAAUAAAUAAAAAGUGUGUAAAGUACAAUAAAAAUAAGUAUAAAGUUGGUCCUAUAAUGAAGGGUAACCAAAAAUAACUUUUAUUGACUAAAAUACACUUAUUACAACCAUUUACGCGUUUCACCUUUAAGGUUUUUUAACAAAGGAAGACAGAAUUCCGGAAGCACAAAUUGAUUUUAUUUUAGAGGGUAUUAACAUCAUUUUAAAAAACAAUUAUUUUUGGUUCUUAGAUUCUUUUUACCUUCAGAGAAGAGGGACUGCUAUGGGUACCAGGUUUGCCCCUAGCUACGCCAAUCUAUUCAUGGCAGAUUGGGAAUCAACAGCUAUCUAUAACGGAGACAACCUAAGGGCAAACCUGGUCUCAUAUUUUAGAUACUUCGAUGACCUCUUUUUUAUUUGGAAUGGAUCGGAAGAUACUUAUCUCUUUUUUUAAUGCUCUUAAUACCAACAACAGGGGCAUAAUUUUAACCCAUGAUUUUAGCAAAGAACAAAUAAACUUCCUAGAUCUCAAUAUAUUUAUUAAAAAUGGGAAAAUCAACACAAAAACCUUUUUUAAAGAAGUCUGUGUCAAUACAGUUAUCGACAAAAAUAGUUGCCACUACAAACCGUGGCUUGACAGUGCCCCGAAAAGCCAAUUCCUCAGAUUACGCAGAAACUGCACAGAAUUAGAAAACUUUGAAGAACAAGCUAAUGCCCUUAAAAAUAAAUUCAUGGAGAAAAACUACCCAGAAAAACACCUACUUGAAAACAUUAAUGAGAUAAAAAAAUAAAAACAGAGACGAGUUUUUAAAGUAUAAACCUAAAAUCAAAAAUGAUUCUAUACAUCUUCCUAUUAUUUUUAACUAUACCAAUAAAAGUAAAGAAAUAAGAAAAACCAUUCAGAAACACUGGCACAUUUUGGAGCAUGAUGAAAAACUCUCUAAAAUUAUUCCAGAAAAACCGAGUAUAAUUUUUAGAGUAGCUCCUAAUGUUAAAUCCAUUUUAACCACCAAUUUUACCAAAGAACCUAAACCAAGUAGUUCUGUAACUUUCUUCCCUCAAUCUUCAGGUUUUCAUAAAUGUAAGAAUUGUAUUGUAUGUAAAACAGCUGAUCCUACAAUGCCACCUAAAAUUACACAUUUUAUCUCAAAUAAAACUAAAACUACUUUCAAAAUAAAAGAAUUUAUUACGUGCAACACUAAGAAUGUCAUCUACUUACUGGAAUGCCCGUGUGGCUUCCAAUACGUUGCGAUGACCACCAGAUGUCUAAAAAUAAGAUUAGGUGAGCAUUGUAGGAACAUAAAAAACGGUUUUCUAAACCACUCCCUAUCAAAACAUUUUUUAAUUCACAAUAAAGAUUCCAGAAUGUUAAAAUACAUGGGAAUAAAGAAAUGCUCUAUACCUUGGAGAGGAGGAGAUAUAAAAAACAUUUUAGGUAAAACAGAGAUGGAAUGGGUCUAUAAGUUACAGACCCUAACACCAAAUGGACUUAAUGCAGAUUUUGACCUGCAUAAUUGUUUAUGAUAAGUCCCCUUUAAAUUACAUCUCCUCCUCAUAACCAACCUUUUUAUUUUAUUUUAUUUUAAUAUACUCAUCCAAUAUUUCACCAAAUCUUCAUACUUUCCUACAUCUAUUUUUAUUUUUAUUUUAUUCAAUCCAUUUUAUUCUUAAUUGAGUGUUUUAAAAACCAUUUUUUAUCAAAACCAUCAAUAUUUUUAUUAUUUAUUAUCUUUCACCAAUUUUUAUUAAUACCCAAAUUCUAAGUGCUGUUUUCUGCUUUCUAUAUGCAAAUGUAAGACUGUAUAUUGCAGGUCUUAAUUAGAAAUAUAUUUUUACUAUUAUGGGGCCUUUUUUCGAUUGUAUAAUAAGAUUCCCCAUUCAUAAUUCAUUGUAGAAGUGCCCAGUGACCGGCUGGACUCCAUAUCCCAAUAAGCAUUGCGUCCUUAGCUGGCCACCGGGCACUCCGUUCAAACCAGGAAGUGAUCCGCUGAAAAAAAUGAUUUGCGCAUGCGCGCCGCGUCCCGAUCAUGUGAUCGGGACCAAUUGGAAAGAACUCUUUUAAAGCUUCGUUUUUAUAAAAUUUAUAUCUCCUAAGCCUAACUAGGCUUAUACCAAUGCACUAAUAAUGUUGUAAUGUUAUUUUGAAAUGUAUUUAAAAUUUUGUUUUUAAUCUUGUUUAUGAUUGGUGCAUUAAAUUUUGGCGCCAUUUCUAAACCUCUGUAAACUUAUAUAUUCAGUUCCUUGCCAGGUGUACUGUCAUUUUACCAUUUUGAAAAAACCUUAAAGGUGAAACGCGUAAAUGGUUGUAAUAAGUGUAUUUUAGUCAAUAAAAGUUAUUUUUGGUUACCCUUCAUUAUAGGACCAACUUUACACUUAUUUUUAUUGUACUUUACACACUUUUUAUUUAUUUUUACUCCUGGCAUUUUUAUAUUUUUAUAUUAUUAUUUUUACAAUUAUUUUUAUUUUAUUUUAUAUUAUACUUUUACUAUUCUAUUUUUUACUACCGAAGUAUAUCCCGUCCAAAGAAAUCCUGAGGUGGGGAUAAUUCCACCAGCGCUGUGGCAAUAGAGCAGUACUUGUCUGCUCUAUUUUUGUAAGUAUAACUUAUUUUAACAUAUUACUGUGUUGUUCUCACUGAGAGCACUAUCUGCUGUUUUAUAUAUCUCGUGGACAUCUACUAUUCAACACCGGAAAGGCGGACCUAUCUCCCCAGCAUAACGAAUACGCACAUCUGAGUAGGUCCUAGACUACACCAAAGAAACCUCAAGCCGGACGAACGGACCAACCGUUUAAGUAUAUCCGAUAGUGGCGAUUAAACCACUAAGUGCCUCUUCUCCUAGAGCUGGUUAGAGCUCCAACAAAUGUGAGUUAAAUACCUUUCCUUUGAAUAUAUACCACAUUUUGGACAUACAAUAUUUCACCAUUGGAAGCCUUGUUCUCUUAUUUUUGUCUUCACAUAUAUGGACUACCUAUCAUAAGGACGGAGCGACACUUGAGGACUUAUAUUACAUCACUGCACACCAGUGAGACUGUUUUAAUUUAUAUAUUUUUUAUUUAUUCGGAUGAACUUUAAUUGGUUUUUAUCCCUUUUACUCUUUUUAGUUAAAGCGCAGCCCUUCACCCCUUGUUUAAUAGAGUAUAGUCUAAGCAUCCUAUUCCAUAUUUAUGUAAAACAUAUUUAUUUAAAUGGUUGAGGAAUUAAAUUUUUCCUAUUUUAUAGUUUGUUUUUUUGGUGAAUUAUUUGGGUUUUGCAUCUUUAUAUAGUUUUUCUUUUGAGAAAUUUAAAAACUAGUUAUGUCAUCAUAACAUAUACUGUAAAUGACCAAGCCAAUUUUAAAGGGAAAGACUAAACAUCGUGUUUGCUAGUGUGCUAAUUGUAAAAAUAUUUACUUAUUUUCUGUGGCUUUGUUACAUUCUAAUUUUCAGUUGUUUAUUUUUACUGAGGUUGUAUGGAUGAUAUGAUCAUACAUCUGUAAGGCCAGAUUUUUCACUUUAAAGUUCAUAAGAACUGUUACUGUGUAUGCAGUGUAACCAUAGUUGGUUUCUAUGUAGUUCGGAGGAAGUAUUUUUUUCUUUAAAGGGAAACUAUAGGCACCAAGACCACUUCAGUUCAUUGAAGUGGUCUGGGUGCAGUGUCUCAGGUCACUUAACCUUGCAAAGGUAAACUCCACUUCUAGUGGCUGUCUACCAGACUGCCACUAGAGGGACUUUGGGUCGUUAGUUGACUUUUAAUCGCCUAACUGAUGCUGGAAGUCCUCAUGCUAUGCAUGUGCCUUAGGCCUCCCCCCACCGGCAGAGCUAGACUCUGGUAAGUGACAGAAGGGUUUUUAACUUCUUCUGCACCACAGAUGGGGGCCACCAGAUAGGGGGGUACUUUAGGGAGCUAUAGUGCUAGGAAAACAACUUUGUUUUCAGGACACUUUAGUUUCCCUUUAAGGGCUUGGUUCUAACUUAUUUACAAUGAAGUACCAUUGUUUUUAAAUGUGGAUAGGGGAUCUUGGAUUGUCUAGGAGUAUCCUGUAACUUCCUGAAUGAAAUGGGAAAUACUGAUGAUGAACCUGUAUACAAUUUGUUUAUUAUAUGCAUUGUCUUCAUAAUGCAAUUAAAUAAUUGUCUCUUAAAUAGAUUUAAAUCUGCCCGAUUUGAAGGCACAUAAUAUUUUGGUUACUGUGCACUACCAUUUUAUUCUCUUCUGGCCGAAAUGUUUGCAGUUUGCCAUUCUGUGGAAUUAUUUUGGCUGAUGAUUUGUGACUAGUUAGCUUUGCAGUGUUAAAGGGACACUAUAGUCACCAGAAUAACUACAGCUUAUUGAAUUUGUUCUGGUGAGUAGAAUCAUUACCUUCAGGCUUUUUGUUGUAAACACUGUCUUUUCUGAGAUAAUGCAGUGUUUACAUUACAGUCUAGUGAUAACUUCACUGGCCACUCCUCAGAUGUCUGUUUGAGAUCCUUCCUGGGUCAUGGCUGCCUAAAAUGCAUCCAAACAUACAGUAUCUCCUCCCUCUGCAUGCAGACACAGAACUUUCCUCAUAGAGAUUCAUUGAUUCAAUUGAUCUCUAUGAGGAGAUGCUGAUUGGCAAGGGCUGUGUUUGACUCAUGCUGGCUCUGCCCCUGAUCUACCUCUUUGUCAGUCUCAGCCAAUCCUAUAGGAAAGCAUUGUGAUUGGAUCAGGCUACCACUUCUGAUGAUGUCAGCAGACAGCUUGUUUUUCUGAGGCAGACAGGGCAGAGCCAGCAGCUUCAGGCUUGAAUACAGUAAGAUUUUUACUAUAUUUAUGGAGGCAUGAGAGGUUCAGGAGGGUUGGUGGUGGAUUUAACACUAUGUUUGUGUUCCUGACCCUAUAGUGAUCCUUUAACUGCCCAUUGCCAAAUCAUAAUGUACGUAAGAAAAGUAGACUCUACAUUUUCUUACGCAUAACUAAAAACUAAGGUACAUUUUAUAAAAAUGAAUGGGAAUAGAAUAAAAAUAAUUAAAUGCAUUUAAGGUGUUUUUUUUUUUUUUUUUUUAACCACCCUUGUGAUUUAUCCAGCAAGGAGAGACAAUGGCAGAUGUGAGAACAUUAUCAAAUGCAACUACAGUAGAUAAUAUCCGGUCUACAUUUGGAAACGCUGUCAGCAGGUACUCUGCAAUAUGCUAUUAGUGUGAAUAUCAAUUUUAUGAAAUUAUAAAUUUCGUUGUAUUAGUCAUUUAAAAUUGAAGGAAGGUGUUUAAAAUUGCCUAAUAAAUGUAAAAGAGAAAAUGUUACGUUGUCAUCGCUAUUUUACUACAUUUAGAAUGUAGUCAUGCAGCACAUAUUCCUUUUGCAAUAAAAAGUUUGUGUUUUUGAUUGAUUUUUUUUGUUUUCAAUCAUGUUCUAAAUGUUCUUUUACACAUAUUCUAAAUAUUUUUUUACAUUAAUACAUUGAGUUAUAUAAAUAAUAGCUCAAUUGUGAUAAUCACACCUAUGGCUGUGAGGUUGAUGCUCUGUUAUAUCACUAUCCAAUGAAGCACAUCUCUUGCAUGUCAAUUCACCCAGUAGAUUCAGUGACUGUAGCAGGUGGUCGUUUCAUUUACAGUUCACACACCACUGUCUGCUGGAGUAUGACCCAGAGCUGCCUCUGUGAUGAAUUAUAAAAUCAUGCACACUCUGGUCUUUUGUAAGCAGCAAGGCAGAGGUGUGUGUGCACUGGAAAAAUGUAUACACCUCUCCCUGCAGUUGCUAGACACAUGUGGUUAUGGACAGAUUACCCAGAAAAACUGAUUAGUAGCACCAGUCAUUAAAAAUAAUCUGCUGCUGGAGAGAGUUCAGACUAAAUCAAACAUUUGUUCCUGAGGAAAAUAUUAAAACAAGCUUUAACUUAAAGGACCACUAUAGUGCCAGGAAAACAUACUAGUUUUCCUGGCACUAUAGUGCCCUGAGGGUGCCCCCUCCCGCCGGGCUCUUUGGGGCAGAAGGGUUUAAACUUACCUCUUUCUCCAGCACCGGGCGGGAGCUCUCCUCCUCCUCGGCUGAAUGCACAUGCACGGCAAGAGCCGCGCGCGCAUUCAACCAGUCUCAUAGGAAAGCAUUCACAAUGCUUUCCUACGGACGCUGGCGUUAUCUCACUGUGAUUUUCACAGUGAGAAGCACGCAAGCGCCUCUAGCGGCUGUCAGGGAGACAGCCACUAGAGGCUGGAUUAACCCUAAUACAAACAUAGCAGUUUCUCUGAAACUGCUAUGUUUAUAGAAAAAAGGGUUAAUCCUGGCUGGACCUGACACCCAGACCACUUCAUUAAGCUAUAGUGGUCCUUUAACAAAUGGAUGCUUUGAUGGGUCUGUGUCACAUACUGUAUAUCAGUAAGCCAUGUUUUAUAAAUUUCAAGUGUGUUUAUUGCUUUUGCUAUUACUGCUAAAGUACCAGGAACUUAUCUAUCCUUAUACAAUUAGGAAAGUGCCUAUUUCAGUAACGCAAUUAAUUUUUAAUGAUGCAUAUUAUGGACAUUUUUAGAAUUACUUCAUGAUCCAAUCUUUCAUUUGAAUUUGGAUCCACAAUACUGAUAUAGCUGCUUCUGUGCAGUAUUUGGUAAAGUAACUUUGCAGUAACUUUAAUUGAAGAUUAAUUAUCAUCUAAUGGGAAAAAGAGCAUGAUUUACAUCUAAGGAACUGGGGUUGUGAAUGUAUGUACUGUACAACUAUUGGGUCUAUUCACUAAAGUGAGAAUUCAAGGUGUUUUCAAAGUGAAUUUAAAAUUUAAGAUGAAAUUAUCCAAACUUGAAAGAUUCUCCAAAUCAGCUAUACUUUCCGCUCAAGUUACGCUAGCCUUCUAUUUUAAAUAUACCUUCCAUUUUCACUUUAGUAAACAUCCCUGUGUAUGUGUUCAAAAUAAUAGUUUAUAUAUACAGAGUUCAACAUUUACACUCGCUACUAAUAAUUGGCUAAUAAGUAAUUGGCUAAUAAUUUAGUGUGCGUGCGUGCGCGCGCACGCAUACAUACAUACAUACCGUGGGGGGGAAAAAGUAUUUGAUCCCCUGCUGACUUUGAACAUGUGCCCACCGACAAAGAAAUUAAGUCUAUAAUUUUAAUGGUAGAUGUAUUUUAACAGUGAGAGACAAAAUAACAAAAGAAAAAUCCAGAAAAACGCAUGUCAAAAAAGUUAUAAAUUGAUUUGCAUGUCAAUGAGUGAAAUAAGUAUUUGACACCUUCGAUUUAGUACUUGGUGGAAAAACCCUUAUUGGCAAUCACAGAGGUCAGACGUUUCUUGUAGUUGGCCACCAGGUUUGUAUACAUCUCAGGAGGGAUUUUGUUCCACUCCUCUUUGCAGAUCCUCUCCAAGUCAUUAAGAUUUUGAGGCUGACGUUUGGAAACUCGAACCUUCGGCUCCCUCCGCAGAUUUUCUUCUAGGCCACUCCAGGACCUUAAUGUGCUUCUUCUUGAGCCACUCCUUUGUUGCCUUUGCUGUGUGUUUUGGGUCAUUGUCAUGCUGGAAUACCCAUCCAUGACCCAUUUUCAAUGCCCUGGCUGAGGGAAAGAGGUUCUCACCCAGGAUUUGACGGUAUAUGGCCCCAUCCAUCGUCCCUAUGAUACUGUGUAGUUCUCCUGUCCCCUUAGCAUAAUGUUUCCACCUCCAUGUUUGACGGUGGGGAUGGUGUACUUUGGGUCAUAGGCCGCAUUCCUCCACGGUGAGUUGAGUUGAUGCCAAAGAGCUUGAUUUUGGUCUCAUCUGACCACAACACUUUCACCCAGUUUUCCUCUGAAAUUUUCAAAUGUUUAUUGGCAAACUUCAGACUGGCCUGUACAUGUGCUUUCUUGAGAAGGGGACAUUGCAGGCGCUGCAGGAUUUCAAUAUUUUACGGCGUAGUGUGUUACCAAUUGUUUUCUUGGUGACUAUGGCCACAGCUGCAAUGAGAUCAUUAACAAGAUCCUCCCGUGUAAUUCCUCACUGUUCUCAUGAUCAUUGAAACUCCACGAGGUGACAUCCUGCAUGGAGCACCAGACCGAGGGAGACUGACAGGUAUUUUGUUUUUCUUCCAUUUGCGCAUAAUCGCACCAACUGUUGUCACCUUCUCACCAAGCUGCUUGGCGAUGGUCUUGUAGCCCAUUCCAAUCUUGUCCCUGACAUCCUUUGACAGCUCUUUGGUCUUGGCCAUGGUGGAGAGUUUGCAAUCUAAUUUACUGCUUCUGUGGUCAGGCAAAUUUUUUUUUAAAUUUUUUUUUUUUUUUUAAUACAGGUAACGAGCUGAGAUUAGGAGCAAUCGAUUUAAGAGAGUGCUCCUAAUCUCAGCUUGUUACCUGUAUAAAAGACACCUGGGAGCCAGAAAUCUCGCUGAUUGAUAAGGGAUCAAAUACUUAUUUCACUCAUUGACAUGAAAAUCAAUUUAUAACUUUUUUGACAUGCCUCCCUCUCCCUCGAAAAAUAUUUUAGGUUGGUGAGUAGAAAUUCACCCCUGAUGAGUGUGUUUUUAAUUGCAGUGGCGACCAACUUUGUAGCCUGGCUACUGGCAAAGGACUUGAAAAAUGUUAAGAUUUUUUUUUUUUUACCCAAAUCUGCGUUCCACAGUUUAGUAACAAAUUUAUGUUUUUUUUUGUUUUUUUUAUCUCAGGGAAUUAAUAGAAGUGGGCUGUGAAGAUCCAAAGCUAGCAUUUAAAAUGAAAGGUUAUGUGACAAAUGCCAACUAUUCAAUGAAGAAGUGCAUUUUCUUGCUAUUCAUAAAUGGUAAGUAUGAGUAAACCAGCACUAUAGCUUUGCUAUAAAAUGAGAUGAAGAUAGCAAUACAUUGGCCCCCACUGUUAAGUAGCACAUACUUUAUUUAGCACAGUUCAGUGUCGCAUCCAAAAGUAAAUGAUAGGUAUGAGCCUUACCAUAGCUCUGUAACUAUAUAUUUAUAUACUAUCAUACUUUAAUUGUAUUCACAGCACGUCUAGUUGAAUCAAGCUCCUUAAAGAAAGCCAUAGAGACUGUGUAUGCUGCCUAUUUACCAAAGAACACCCACCCAUUUCUGUAUCUGAGGUAAGAAGCGAAAUUAAACUAUAAUUUCAGUUGUUUUCACAAAGUUUGUCAAUGCUUAAAUCAAGCAUAGGAAUCGGGAUUGAGGUGUUGGCCCAGUCGUAGUAAUUAAAGACUUACUCUAAGCAUCAUAACCACUACUGCCUACUGUAGUGGUUAUGAUGUCAGGAGUACCCUGGCCCGGUUCUACCAUAUUGGGACAAACCAUUUAGGAGCGAUUUUCUGGGCUCUGAUGCUCCAUGAUGGUCCAGGGAACCUGUGGCCAACCCCCUUCAUUGGCUGAGAGCAUGACCUGUCUUUUCUCGGCUAAUGAAGGCUAUUAUGUGCACAGAACUGAUAUGCCCGUAGCUCUAGUUCCAGACUGCUUGAUGACACCCCAACAAUGCUGCCAAAGGUGGAGUUACACCUCUGGUAUCUGAUUGGUUAAACUUUGUGUGUGCAGAGUUUUAAAGUGAAGCUUCUGUUGUAAUGGUUAUCAUGUACGUUCACCCUUCGCUUCACAGUAAGAUUUGAUUGAUGCUUGAAUGCUUGAAUGCUUUGUAAACAAUAUCCAAAAACCAAUAAAGCACAACCUUUUCCUACUUUUAGUUUGCUAUUGGAUCGUGACUGAGAGAGGGCUAGUCAGUGCAUCCUACACAAGUGUGUAGACCGUGUUGAAGGGCGUACUUGUGGUUCAUAUCCCUUCUGAAGUCAUCAAUAUAAUAUAAAAGUACAUGGGAAUAUUGCAUCACAGACUGAGGACACAGUUGAAAAAACACUCAAACCUGUCAUUAUUUGGAAGGAUGAGCGGGACUAAAAUGUUACCUUAACAGCAGCAUUAAAGAAGUAAAUUUAUGUCAGUCAGCCUAAAAAAAAGGUUGCCAUGACAUUCCUAUUUAGUGGUUGUUCAGCAUAACAGAUACAAAAAGGAAAAGGCUUACUAUUGAUAGCUUUAUUUAUAUAUUUUUUGGCCUGUUUGUAUUUCUUUUAGCCUUGAUAUUGUCCCUCAGAAUGUUGAUGUGAAUGUGCACCCAACAAAGCAUGAGGUACAUUUCCUGCAUGAAGACAGCAUUAUUGAGAAAGUGCAGCAGCACAUAGAGACCAAAUUGCUGGGAUCCAAUUCCUCUAGAUUGUACUUCACACAGGUAAGGCACAGAAAAUAUGUUCUUCAAUGGGUUUUGAUAAUUUUAUUUCCUUAUGUAACAUUUGAAAAUGCUAUUUCUAUUUUUCCCUUUAUAAAAAGAAAAAAGUGGUGAAAGCAAGAAAUAUCAAAGUAAACUUUUGCCACUGACCUGGAGGAAUUAUAAAGAUGUGUUUCUGACAGGAUUAGAGUAAAGAAACCUGUUGCUUUGUUCACCAAACACUAGUGCUACCACAGUUUAUUUGAAGGACAUAUUAAACAAAGGUUUUGGGGUAAUCCCUUCCUCAAUGCAGCAUGCCCCUCCUCAACAGUGGGGGAGGGAGAGGGGGCUUUAUGCUGCACAGGUAUUACUGUUUAUUUAGUCCUUUGCAUUUUUUCUGGCAUUAUUACUAGUUCCUCAUAUAUUUCUUCUUUUGUGUGGCCACAGGAUUAUUCACUAAUGUGCAAAUUCAAAGUAAAUUUCAAAUUUAAAGCCAAAGUGAAAAAAAAAUGUUGGCUGUGCUUCCAGUUCACUAAUUUGGCCCUAAAUAUGAAUUUCUUGAAUUUUCAGUAAAGUGUGAAUUGUCAGUUGGAGUUAUCCCGGCAACCGCUGGACUGACUCACCUCAAUCCUCUGUACCUCGAAAGAAGAUCACUAUACUUUCCUAGAUGUAGUGGAUGAAGCUAAAAUGGCAGAUGGGCCUCCUCAGACAGAACAGACACCUACGCCAACAGUGGAACCUGUGGUGACUUCACUACUAGCAUCCUACUGAAACUAGAGUUCUGGGGCAAGAUAGAGAGGUGCGUCACAGCUUCUCCUUAACGGCCUACAGAGAAAAAACUGCGUCAGAUGCAUGCUCCCGGGACACAAUUAGCCCACAAGCCUCAGCUAUUCUCCUCUCGGUCCCACCUAGGCUGAUGCCUACAGAGGGCAUGACUCCACGAAUCCACCACACCAGCAGGGGUCCGAUACAAUCAAGACCGGGUCCAUCUGCUGUUUCCCACACGGGGAGGACUGGGCUUCUCUGACACCCCUUGUCCGUGGGCAGAGGAUGCUGGCUCAUGAGCAGGCUUAGGGCAGGAGAGAUGCGCUACCACGACCCCGCCAUGCAGGCCUCUAUGCUGCACACCCUGACCAUGUAUAAUGCAUACCAAGAGCUGGAGUCAGUUGAAGCUCCACCUUGGGAAACCAGAGUAUUUAUUUAAAGGACAUAAAAGACAGACAGCUGCCUGUCUUUUAUGUCCUUUAAAUAAAUACAUGUUAAAACAGUGGUGCACACUACAAUUGGAAGCGCAGCCCUCAUUUUUUUUCUAUGUUUAUUCUCUUACAUCUCAGGAUUGUUUGUACUAUGGGAAGUGAAUGGAAAAAUCCAGAUAGAAAGCAUUUAAUUACAAGAAAAUAUUUUGAAAAUGUGCUCUACAAUAAAAAGAAAAGACAUCAAAGACAUGGCAGACAUUGCCAUUGCCCAAUUAACCCAGAAUGCUAUUCUUCCUAUAGGCAACCCUACUAGCCUUAAGGAUGCAAUGAAUUACAGUCUAUUGGACUAGUCAUGUAGCCAGAAGGGCUAUAUGACUUGGGCCCUGGAAAGCUGACUCAGCCUUUUAAAAUGCAAUGUGUGUGUAAUAUCCUUUGGAUGGGAUAAACUGUAAAGGCUAGGCUUUUUAAACAAAUUGUAGAAAGCAACAACUUUUCUACAAGAAAUUUUUUUUAUAUAUAUAUAUAUUUAUUUAUUUUUUCCUAUAGCCCAGAAUGUAGGAUUUCUUUCUACAACAAAGUUUCAGGAACAACAGAUGCCAGGCCUUUACACCUGAUGAAACAAGUGAUAGAUUUCAAAAGACCAAGGAAAGAGGGACACAAUUUUCAUGCUCGACUUUCAGUAAGCAUUCUUAGUUUCGCCGGCAUCCUAUCUAUAUGACACGAUGCUGAGGAAUAGUGAAUGGAAGCAUUGCAAGAUCAGGUGAGAAUUGUGAGGAAAUUACUUUGACCACGAGAAUUGGGUCGUAGCUGGUCAAGCGUAGGAAACCUCCAUAAGACAAAGUAGUCCCUACUUUGUCUUAUGUUUUAAAGAAAAAUAGAGCAGACAGGAAGAAAAGAAUACGGUAGUACCUGAGAGAGGGGAGCAGAGGAAGCGAUUGGGGAAAGGUAAGUUCGGCAUGACGGUGCCGCUUUAAUUAUAAACCAGAGCACAUUCCUAUCUAUUCACUAGUCUAUUUCUGAAGGUCUUUGACCAAGAAUAGUCUUGUUUUCUACUCCUCUGAAGGACUUUGAUCUAUUUUUAGUAAGGAUUAAUAUAAAGAAUAGCAGUAUAAGGGUUAACAUGUAGAAAUAUUUUUUUAUAUAUCCUAAAGGAACACUUGCCUAUUCCUUGUUUCACUGGACACAAUUAAACCUCAAGGCUAACUCAACUGAGCGUUCUUUCUAACAGCACAUUUUGUAUCCAACAGUUCUGAGCACAUGACUAAAAAUUCAUUUUUUUUUUCGUUUUGUGUGUUUAAUUUCAAGGUUAAGAAGCUUGUUUUCACAUUCUGUUGCAAGCCUAUCAAAACAUUAUCCUUACACUUAAUAAACUGAAGUUGUUAUUCAGCGCACAUGUGCAUUUUCAGAUUAUGGCUUCCCGAGCUCAAGGGUGUGACAAUCGAAUCUGCGUGUCAGGUUUUCACUGCAGCAAAAAAAUCUCACUGGAUCAAUCUUCCCCAACAUUUACCAUUGAUUUAAAAUAUACUUGCCUCCCUAUACAGAAAGUUUGCUCUGCCAGAUGUCCAGGAUGAGCAUUACACACUUUGAAACUCUGCUCAUUACCCUGUAGACUUGCAUCUGCAUCAUGAGUCUUUUCAAAGAUUGUUAUAGUCCUGGCAGCAUUUCUCAGAAUAAAAUUAUUUAGAUGAUUGCCUUCUCAUAAGCCAUUCAAAAUUCAACCUAGUUUUUUUUUCUAAAAUAAGUCAGCUUUCCUGUCUUAUCAUAGAUUCAUAACAAGUGUUCUAGCAGAAACAGAAAAGCGAUACAUAGAGGAGUCCGUUGUCAGAUUAAAAUCCCUUCAAUCCUGUUCCCAGCGCAAUGCAGAUACCAAUUGACUGCAUGCAUCUACGUAGCUCCUUGGGAUAAGGAUGACCUCUUCAGUCAGAUAUUCUUUACAACUGGAAUCUGGACACACUUCAGUCUAACCAACACAACCAGAUGGUCACUGAAUCAUUGGUGAAAUCUAAGGAACCUCCGCAUGGGAAAAUUAAUUCCCUGCUCCACAAUGGAAAAUUGACUAUAGAUACCUCUUAAUUUAGCUUGGAGCCCAGUUCAAAGAUAUUAUGCUUCAGGGAAAAUGAAAUCAAGAAAAUGACUCUAUUGUCAAACUUCACAGAAUUAAAGGCAAUUGAAUGCUCUUUGAAAGGAUUCCAAGAAGAAAAUAUAAAGGUACAUCAGAUCUUGAUAAACACUUUUACUGCCAUCUCAAAUGUAAUUCCUCAAGGUGGAAUAAGAUCUUGUCUUUUAUCUAGGACUGCUUCAGAAAUUACUAAGUAGGUUAAAGUUAAUUUGCUCAGUUUAUCGCAAAACUGACCUUGAUGGCCGAAUCCUUAAGCAGAAUAAAUGUUCGUCGGGCAUAUGAUUUCUUCAAAGACAUUUUAUAAAAAGUUUGUCACUCUAAAAUUAGACAUGAUGUCCAUAAGGUACAACACCAAGCUGCCUCAAUUUAAAUCGACAACUCAAAAGUUAUCAAUACUUUUUUCAAUACUUGUGUAUAGGGGAAAAGUUUACAUAUUCUCUUCCAUAUCUCUUAUUCCCAGAAAAAGAAAACUUAAGAUAGAGAAAUCUGCAGUCAUGAUCACUCCCUUUUAACUGGAGAGCAUUCAUUUGAAAGUGUGGAAUCUGAAUUAGAAGUUCCAUGAAUAUAGGGCCUAGAUAAAGUUAUAGAUAUAGUCAUACAAAGGCUAGAAAGUCUUAAAACUAGGAACAUUUUAUCUUCAAAUUUGGCAAAGAUUCUCAUUGCAGUCAUUUUCCUCUCCUCUGCCAAUAUACCUUGCAUUCUAAAAUCCUACUCAAUGUGUAUCUUCCACACCGGAAGAAUCUGCAGAAGUUACUCUAGAUAAAGUCUGCAAAGCUGCAAAAUUGUCUUUUCUACAUACAUAAACUUUACCAGCUAGACAUCCUAGCCUCUGAUUAUGCUUCUAUUGGAUGGAAUAUUCUUCAAACCAUUUUAAAAAGUUAAUCCGGUCCCUCCCAGUAUUUUCAGAUUACAUAGUUACAUAGUUACAUAGCUGAAAAGAGACUUGCGUCCAUCAAGUUCAGCCUUCCUCAGAAAUGUUGUUGCUGUUGAUCCAAAAGAAGGCAAAAAACCUGGUCUGAAGCACUUCCAAUUUUGCCACAAACUAGGAAAAAAUUCCUUCUUGACCCCAAAAUAGCAGUCAGAUGUCUCCUUGGAUCAAUCAGCUAUUACCCCACUAAUUAGAAAUUAUAUCCCUGUAUGUUAUGUUUUUGUAAGUAUUUAUCCAAUUUCAGUUUAAACAUCUGUAUGGACUCUGACAAAACCACCUCUUCAGGCAGAGAAUUCCAUAUCCUUAUUGUUCUUACUGUAAAAAAACCUUUUCUUUGCCUUAGAUGAAAUCUCCUUUCUUCCAGCCUAAAUGUGUGACCUCGUGUCCUAUGUAUAACCCUGUUUAUGAAUAGAUUUCCAGAUAAAGGUUUGUACUGGCCCCGAAUAUAUUUGUAUAAAGUUAUCAUAUCCCCUCUCAGGCGCCGUUUUUCCAAACGAAACAGAUUUAAUUUUUGUAACCUUUCUUCAUAACUAAAAUGCUCCAUUCCUUUUAUCAAUUUUGUAGCUCGUCUCUGGACCCUCUCCAGUGCCAUGAUAUCCUUCUUUAGAACAGGCGCCCAAAAUUGCACAGCAUAUUCAAGGUGUGGUCUUACCAGCGAUUUAUACAGAGGCAAAAUUAUAUUUUCAUCCCGAGAAUUUAUGCCCCUAUUUAUACAUGACAAAAUCUUACUGGCCUUAGCAACUGCAGAUUGACAUUGCAUAUUGCUGCCUAAUUUGUUGUCUAUAACAAUGCCCAAAUCCUUCUCGUGUGUGGUUAUCCCUAAUUCACUACCAUUUAGUGUGUAAGUUGCUUGUGCAUUCUUAACCCCGAAGUGCAUAACUUUGCAUUUCUCUAUGUUAAAUUUCAUCUGCCAUUUUAGUGCCCAGUCCCCCAAUCUAUCCAAAUCUCUCUGCAACAAAGCAAUAUCCUGCUCACAUUUUAUUACUUUACAAAGUUUUGUGUCAUCUGCAAACACUGAUACAUGGCUUUCAAUGCCUAUUUCAAGAUCAUUUAUAAAUAUGUUAAAUAGAAGUGGUCCCAAAACAGAACCCUGAGGGACACCACUUGCCACUUUUGUCCAGCCUGAAAAUUUACCAUUAAUGACAACUCGUUGUACUCUGUCCUUAAGCCAAUGUUCUACCCAAGAACAGGAAUAUUCAUCUAGACCAAUUUCUUUUAGUUUGAAAACUAACCUAUUGUGAGGAACCGUAUCAAAUGCCUUGGCAAAGUCCAAGUAGAUCACAUCCACUGCAACACCCUGAUCUAUACUUCUACUUACUUCUUCGUAGAAUGCAAUUAGGUUAGUUUGACAUGACCUAUGUUUCAUAAAACCAUGCUGAUUAUUGCUAAUAACAAAGUUCUUCCCAAUGAAUUCCUGAAUAUUAUCCCUUAAUAGCCCUUCAAAUAUUUUCCCAGUUACUGAAGUUAAGCUCACAGGUCUAUAAUUUCCAGGCAAGGAUUUUGAACCCUUUUUAAAUAUAGGAACAACAUCUGCCUUCCUCCAAUCCUCCGGUACAACACCUGAAACAAAAGAAUCUUGAAAAAUUAAAUACAGAGGUUCACUUAUUUCCCCACUUAGCUCCUUAAGUACUCGUGGGUGAAUACAGUCAGGCCCCGGAGCUUUAUUUACAUUAAUUUUCUUUAAUAGCUGUAGCACCUUGUCUCGAGUUAUCCAGUCACAAGUUAUUUGCAAGUUUUUUGCAGCAAACAUUUGCAUAUCUCUUGCCAUAGGAUCCUCAUUAAUAUAUACUGAAGAAAAAUAGUUAUUUAAAAUUUCUGCUUUUUCCUGGUCUUCAUUAGCUAAUAAACCCAACUCUGUUUCAAGUGUACCUACACUUUCAUUUUUUGUUUUUUUAGAAUUGAUGUACUUGAAAAAAAAUUUGGGGUUGGUUUUGCAUUCUUUAGCUAUCAAUUUCUCAUUUUCUAGUUUAGCCACUUUAAUUGCCUUUUUGCAAGUGUUAUUGGCUUCCUUAUAUCUUAAAUAGGAUGCCUUUGAUUUGUCUGAUUUAAAUGCUUUAAAUGCCCUUUUCUUAUUUUUAAUCUCUUGUUUUACUUCUCUACUAAGCCACAUUGGUUUUAAUUUUUCUUUUAUAUUUAUUACCCAAUGGUACAUACUGAGAAAUGUACCUUUCUAAUAUAUGUUUGAACAGUUUCCAUUUAUCCUCAGUGUUUUUAUCACUAAGGAGUUUAUGCCAGUCGAUAUGUUGUAGAGCUGCCCUAAUCUUAUUGAAAUUGGCUUUUUUAAAAUUAUAUGUUUUAGUAUACCCCACCUGCUUUUGCUUUUAUGAGUUUAUUUCAAAAUUUACCAUAUUGUGAUCACUAUUUCCCAAAUGCUCCCCUACUUGAAUGUUGGUUAAAAGAUCAACAUUGUUUGUUAUGACAAGAUCCAGACAAGCAUCCUGUCUAGUUGGUGCUUGUACCAGUUGUGACAUAAAGGUGUCAUUUAACACAUUCAAAAACCUGAUUCCCCUUGCUGAAGUACUAGUCCCUCUUUCCCAAUUUAUGUCUGGAUAAUUAAAAUCUCCAAUAAUUAACGAUUUGCAGCUUUCUCAAUUUGCUCUAACAGCUGUUCUUCCUCAUUAAUAUUUACAUUAGGUGGUUUAUAACAUAUCCCAACCAAUAAUUGAUUUCCCUUUGUUUUCCCCAAGCAGAUAUCUACCCAUAAAGCCUCCACCUUUUCCUCGUCACACUCCACAUGCCUAAGAUUUGACUUUAACUCACGGUUGACGUAUAAACAUACCCCACCACCCUUCUUGUUUUCCUAUCCUUCCUAAAUAACGUAUACCCAUUUAAAUUAACUGCCCAGUCAUGUGUCUCAUCCCACCAUGUUUCUGUUAUGCCUAUUAUAUCAUAUUGUUUAGUGUAUGCUAUUGCCUCUAGUUCCCCCAUUUUGUUAUAUAGGCUCCUUGCAUUAGUAAGCAUACAUUUAAUAUUAUCAUGAGUCUUUUGUACUUUUUGUGAAUUAUCAAUAUUACAUACCUCCUCUGUUCUGAGUUUUCCCCUCCCCCCAUCUCCACCCCCUUUGUUCUGAGCUAAAGCCCAUCUCUUUUCCAUCAUAUCUCCAUUUUCUAGAUUGCUUUGACCCUCCCCCCCUACCACUAGUUUAAAAUCUCCUCCAACCUUGGUGCUGCUUCUUCACAUGCUUGGGGAAUUUGUUGUCUAGUUACACUAUAUAGGGACAAAGGGGAAAAACAAGGGAGGGGCAGAAUCUUUUUUUUUUUUUUUUUUUACUUAAAAUAUGUUUUCUAGUAUACCUGUUCUCCGUAUGGGAACCCUCUCCACUACCCACAUUUUGUGGUAAGUGGAAAAAUGUGUGGAGUGUUUUUUUAAAUUCUAUAUUUCAUUUUCAAAUAUAAAAUGUUCGGGUGAAGGGUACAGAAGAGAAAAAAGGGAUGGGGUAGGGGGUUAGCAUGUCACGAUAUUCCCGUUGAAUUUAGUCAAUCGGAUGGUCUACUGUGUCUAUACGCCCCCAGUCUCGGGGCAACCCCGUCGUGGCUGAAGUCCACGUUAGGGGGGUCUCGCCCUGAAGGCUGUCUGUGGUAGUCAGUGUUUUGGGAUGCACCCGUGGUUGGUAUUGGAGAGACCGGGCCUAAGGUCCACGUCAGACGGGCUGGGCCCCUCCCAAGAUUCUGGUCCCGUGCUGGGGUUCCCCAUUGCGUGUAAACUCACUGGUGGGCGGGUCUUCUUAGGUUUGUUUGGCGGGUGGUCGAGGAGGGCCCCACCGCUUUAUCCCCUGAUGAGGGGGGCAGGCGUGAGUUCCCCGAGGCGGUGAUGCUCAUUUGUCAAAGAAGGUGUGCGUCUGUUGCUCAGUGCGCUAGUGACCUAUGGUACGUAUGACAGGAUCUACACAUGCCAGAGUAGUGGGGGGAGGGUCUGAAUGAAGAGGGGGAAGGGAGAGGGAACAUCAGGGCUGGAGGGUAGUGUAAAUCUUAGUAUGGUCGGGUAUCCCGCCCCUUGUCCGCGCUUCUGCCCCGGCCGAGUCCCUGGCACUUGUAGGUGAAGGGGGUCCAAGGUAGAGUGAUCUUGUCAUUGAGAGGGAGGAUGGGGCCUGUGUUAGGGUCAUGGGAUAUAACCUCUGGGGGAUUGAAUAGUGUGGGGAGGGACUGGCUCAACCCCCGCCCGGGAUUCGCCGGCGGGUGGCGCCCAAAGCCGCGUGUCUUUCUAGACCGCGUUUGGGUUGUCUCCUGGGGGUCAGGAUCCUCCCCCCUCCGCGGGCCAGGGCAGGGAGCACCAUUCCGGACUACAGCCCGUGAGCCCAGUCAGGUCCGUGGUCGUCCCUAUGGGACCGUCGCAGCCAACCUCUGAUAGCUGGUGUCCCACAAAUUCCAUGUCCUGUGAAAUGCAGUGUACGAAUCAUGCAUCUGCGCAUUUAGUUCGUCUAAGUCUCGCGUUUCUUUUAUUUUGCGGAUGAUGGUCUCAAUCCCGGGGGUUCGUGGGUCUGCCCAAAGUUCCGCAAUUGCUCUACGUGCCGCUAGGGUUAUGCGUGCCACCAGUUUAUUCUCUUGUUUCGUAAGUGAGUCCAGGGGUUUAUUGAGUAGCAUGGUCCAAGGCUGUGCUGUUAUGGGUUGACCCACCACCCGUUCGAUCAAGCUCUGCACCUCGGUCCAGAUCUGCUUAAUUUUGGGACACGUCCACCAGCAGUGGAGGUAGGUGCCCCGUCCUCCGCAUAGCUUCCAGCACUCAUCCGAGGACUUCCUUCCCAUUUGGUGCAGCCUGUGCGGUGUCAAGUACCAACGAAAUAGCGUCUUAUAGGCUUGCUCUUUGUGCGUUACGCAUGUCGUUAGGGAGUUUGUGGCGUUCCAAAUCUUGGACCAGUGUGUGGAGUGUUUUAAAUACUUAUUCAAUAGAAUUUAUUAUGUGGUAGAUUGAAAACCAGAUUUCAAAAUUCAAGCUUAAAGUAACCAAACUGAGACUAAAAAAUAGAUUUAUAUUCAGCCAACCCAGUGUUGAGCUUAAUGAUAAACACAAGGGUUUUUAUUUUUUUUAUUUUGUGUACGAUUGCACAUACCAAGGAAUAAAAAAACAACAAAAAACACUACUGUACCAAUUUUAAUUAUUUGAUCACCAAAAUUGUUUUGUUCUUUACCUUUUUGGUAAAUGCAAAGUUACACGGGGGAGCUUUCUUUUAUCUGAAUUCAUUUUUCUUUUUGUUUUGUCGUCGUCUUCUUUGUGUACUAGACAUUGUUACCUGGAGCCUCUAUAUCUGCAAGUGAAGUUACCAAACCAGCAUCAGGUUCUUCGUCUGCAUCUCAGAAGUCAGGAGACAAAGUGUAUGCUCAUCAGAUGAUCCGCACUGAUUCUAGGGAGCAAAAAUUGGAUGCUUUCCUCCAGCUAGUAAGCAGGUCUCAGCCACCAACUUCCCUACAGUGUCAGCCCUCGAAGGCUGAAGAGGAAAAUUGUCCAAAAAGUAGCACUCUGGAAAGAGUAAGUGAUGUGGAGAUGCUUGAAGUCUCAGAGACAACAUCCGGUAGAGAGGAUAACAGGAAGGAACGAAAGGAAACGGUUUCUAGCACAUCACUCAGGUAACUAAGAUAGGUCCCACUGAAAUCCAUUUUGUUUGCUUAACAGAGGCAUCAAUAUAAACCGAUACAAAAAAAAAUAGUACCAUCAAUAUUAGUGUAGCGAGAGUCCGACAUUUUACGGAAAUUUUCAUUUCAUUAUUUCAUUUUCAGGUACACUCAUAUAAUUAAUGAACUUGUUCUACUCUGACAAACAACUGCAAUGUUUGUAUUUGUGUCAUAACUUCUACGUAUAUUGUAUGUCAUGUCUUAAUCUAAUUCCUCAAUAAAAGAAAGAAUUAAAAAAAAAAAAUUGUAAAAUGCCUUGCUUAUAGGUAUUUCUAAGGACCGUGAAGGCAUUACUAGCAGUAUAGUUUACUAGAAAUGGCAAAAGAGUGUAAAAGUAAUGCCUGCAUUUGAGCAUAAUGCCCACAUACAUUAAAUACAGUUAAAUCCUAUAUUUCUAAAAUAAAGGUAUUUAAAACUAGUAUAGCAAUACUCAGUCUCUGGGCUGCUAAUGUUAUGCUGACAAUAAAAUUGUUACGUCUGUUCCCUCCUCCCUGACUGCAUUGGAUUUUUCUCUACUGUUUGAAUGCAGGGGGUUAGCUUACAUUUUAAGCAACUUUACAGGCAUUAUAUUGGUGACUACUAGCUUCUAUCAGAUCAAUUUGUCACUGAACAUGUUGGGGAUUAUAACUAGAUUAUAAGUGAGUAAGGUUUUGUGGACUAGAUUUCAUUCUGCAAACUACAUACAAAUGAAAACAUUUACACUUGAUUUGGGCAUUGAAGGGGUUGAAGACUUUCUGCCUGGGCUUUGUGUUUUGCAAAUUGUCAAGCAUUUAUUUUGCUGUUUACAAGCAACAUCUGCAAUAAUAUGUUUACUUCGGCCAAAGGAAUUAUAGAAAUUAUGGCCAUUCCUGUAUUUGUGCUUAGGAUGUUCCAGUUAAAAGUAUUGAAGUAACUUUGGAUAUUUUAAAACAAAGUAGAAAUGUGAAUUGUUGGCUUGCAUUGAAAAAAGAUUAGCUUUGUAAUGGCACAAAGGCACUGUGUAGUUUAGAAAGUCUUCAACUAUUUCCUGCAUUUGUUUCUCCACUCUGUCUCUAUUCCUCUGACAUUUCAAGAAGGAAGAGGCCACAUGCAGACUCUGAUGUGGAAAUGAUAGAAGAUGAAUCUGACAAUAAUAUGACUGCUGCCAGCACACCAAGGAGAAGGAUUAUUAAUUUAACUAGCAUUCAAUUCUUGAGGAAAGAGAUUGAAGAAAGGGCUCACAAAAGUAUGUAUCAUUCAUUUGCAUCUUGAAAAAUACCAAAUUAUCCAAUUUAAGCGCUUUUUUUUUUUUUUUUUUCGCUCAUCCAUUAUUAGUACUGUGCAAAUUGCAACUUUCAUUCCAUUAUAAUUUUCAAAUCAAAUUAAGCAACUCUCAUUUUUCAUUGCCCUGCACCUUUCAGGCCUUCCUUCACACUCAGAACCAAGCAAUACAGAAUCUCUUUAUUUUUUUUCUAAGCACUUCCCACCCACCCAGGCUCUUACUAAAUGUAUAGCAUGCUCCUCAAGCUGCUUGAUAUCAUAUUCCAUUACCUUCUAGUUUCUUUUACCAAUAACUUCUACUCUCCGUUAACUUCCUUUAGCCAUCACUGCUACCGCUUUUCUCAAAUCCCCAUUAUAUCCCUUUAGAUUGUAAGCUUAUGGGCUUUCUAACUAAGCACUUAGUAUAAAAGAACUUCAGUGGUUGGAUCUCAGCUUAAAGGCAAGGCCCUCUCUAAUUUUUAUAUUUUGUCAUGUAUAUUGUACAUUCUCCCCUUAUAGUACAGCACUACAGAAUAAGUUGUCACUUUAUACAUGCCAUAAAUAAAAAAAUAAUUUGUAUAAUGUGUUGCACAAAACCUCCAUGGGGGAAGGGGGCGUGGCCUAACCGCUGAGCUGAGAAGACGCUCACCUCGGCGGCUCCUGCACACCGAGGCAAUAAAAACGAGAAAAAGUCACUAACGAGGCGUCAAAUUAAUGACAAAAGGCCUCCUGGCGAAAGGGGAAACUGGGGCGCACACUAUGAUACCCGCCAAUCGACACCAGCUCCGGUAUGAACCGAUCACCCUGGAGGGGCCUACCAGCAUGGCGGGCGCGAGAGAGACGGCCGCUCUCCCGCCGCCGGGCACAGGCGACACCUCACUUCGAAGUCCACGUUCCCCCCCCUCUGGACCGGUGGGGGUCAUCCCGGGCCACCCCCACACGAUCCUCACACCAAGCGAUGCCCAAGCAACAUGCUCACCUAGUCUGGAGAGCAAAUGUGCAAUACCCAAAAUGGCGGAUGGCUCCUACGACGCAGCCCUAAGCACAGCCUGGAGGGUAACUGAACUGCGAUUGAACAGCAUAUUCAACUCCUUCUGGGAGAAGCUAGAGGCCCUCACAUGGUCCACGGAGCCGGAGCACUCCGUCUCCAAGCCAAGUAGGCACAUGAGACGGCCUACUCCGAUAGCAGGGACCUGGUGCCACACUAAGACCGAGAGCCACCAACAACAAGCAUCCAAAGCCAAAGGAGCACCUGCAGUAAAGAGCCGAAACUCACCUCACCCUAGCACCAAGAACCAGCAAGGACCCUGGUACGGCGCAACCCACAGAGCCAAAAUACGAAAGCGACGCACCAAGAGAUCGAAACGGGCGGCAAGGGCUGCCCAUCCACACCAGCAACGCAACGACCCGCGAACGCAUCGACCACAGACUCACCCACAGGAGUCUAAGUAUCGCCCGCCGACCGGAACGAUUUCCCACCAUGGACCUGUACACCCCAGCACCACCGACCCACAGAUGAUGGAGCACAACCCCAUGCACGGGGAGACAAACAUGAGCCCACAGGGUGUGGGGUGAUAGACUCAUUACUGGUACAGCUGCACGGAAGCCAGGACUGUAGCCUCAUACAACGAACCACAUGCAACUCUAAAGUCUCACUACCAAACACUGCAGACCUAACACGGGCACACUCCACGUCCCUAUACACCUAACCUCAACACAAACCCACAUGCACUCAAACAAGGAUCAGAGGGGGGUCAAUACUCAUAAUCAUAGGACGAACCUGCCGACAUGACUAACUUUAACGCUAAAAUGUAUAACCGUAACUCUCAUUAUACCUUGCAUCUAAUAACUAGUGUAACUAUCUUUACAACUGUCUACUCUUAAACGUAUGCCAAGCUAGAAGUGUUUCACGCAACUUGUUGUCUAGUUUAGAUUUAACUGCAUAACUUUAAGUACUACAGUCAGCAAUGUUAAAUUUUUUCAACGGUCCUAGAGCAGCUAGAGAAGCCAGUGACUAGACCGAAAGCUCUACAAGGCUUGGAACGCACUGUGCCGCCAAGAUUUCGUAAGACCUACUCAGGACUACAUUUUAACUGAACACUCAGUGUAAAGUUAAACGUGGAUAAUCUCGACUAAAUAACAAAAAAAAAAAAAUGUGCAAGGAUUUAUGAAAACCCCGUUGUUAAAAAUGUUGAUAUUCAGCGUGAGGAAUGCUAUUGGGGCACCACACGGCUGCUGUUAUGAUUUAUUUUGUCUUGCACUGCAAAAAUAAAGAAUAAAAAAAAAAAAAAAAAACCUCCAUGGGAAACACUCUGUUUAGCUAUAAAACCAGUUGUUGGUAGCAUUGUAUUUACAUGCUGAUGUCAGUAAUGUGGAGCUCACAUUACAAAACAUGUUGUGUUUACAAAACAAAACAUACAAGUGUUUACUGCAGGGUUUCCCAAUAAAUGUUUCCCUUGGAACCCUAUGACAUGGUAUAGCAAAACUUUGUUAAUCGAUCAGAUACUCCAAAUGUAUGAUCCUGGAAAUAUGCAAACUACUCUUGAUGCAAUUCAAACAUUCUAACAAGGACUUUACCUCAUGAUAGCCAACGGACUUCUGAAUGCAAAAGCAGAGUGGUGACUACCCAUAUCACAUAUAAUUUUAAAUAGUCAUGACUGUAAUGGUAGACUUUUUAUAAAAUUCAUCAUCUGGACUGAUUCACCUAGCACAGUUUUAAGUGAGAUCGAAAAAUUCUUUCAAUUUUUUUUUUUUUUUUUUAAAUUCUUUAUUUUUGAAGCGCAUGAGAGGAACAAGCAUUCUCGCUAUGCCGCAAAAGCAAAAUAGGAGUGAACAAUGAGGUUAACAGAAUAGGCAUAUUCACAUAACUGCGCACAUUUGUUGUUAGUAAAUCAAGAGUGGUGCACUUUUAGAGCAUAAAAUAACAUUCAGCAUGGCCAUGUAGUUAGUAUUAAAUAGCUUGACAGUAGUAAGCUGCUUAUUUUCUAUAAGUAAACAGGAGGAUGCUAGUAACUACAAGAAGCAACAAGAUCGUUAUCCUUACUUAUACGUCAUGAAUUUUGCUCACAUGGGUGCCUAAUACCAGAGAACAGAGUAUGUUGGGUACAUUAUUACAAGUUAGAGUAGGUAUACGGUAGGUUGGCAUGCUGGUUAGAUCGCCAUUAGUGUAUCCCUGAGCAUAGCGUCAGUGAUAAGCCGCACUGCAGUAGCAGUAGGCAGCGUGAGGGGAGGUAUCAGAAAUAAGUAAUUUAUAACAAAAAGCAUAACACACAAGGCCGGUGCAUGAGUAACUGGGCUUAAGGUAAGAACAUCCUUAUAGCCUAUGACGUAUUAUUGCUGCACAUUUGUAUUUCACCUGUGGAGGUUACAUUCCUACCAAGGUGGUGAUAGCUGCUUGUCAUGAUAGAUCUUCUAGGUUAUAAUACUUUUGCAAACGCUAAUCCGCUAUCCUAAAGAUUGUAGGACACUGGUGUCCGUCCUAAGGCAGAAAAGAGAAAUAUACUGGAUCCCAAGUUCAUCAGUCAUGGCAAUAUGCCUUUGAUAGGGGUGUCAUGCACAGGAACACAGUGGAGAGAGGUUCAGGACAUGAGAGCGCUUGGUUGAGUGGUUGUCUCUGACCUGAUUCCCUCUGUCGGUAGGCAGAGAUUGAAAUAUUUUUAGCUACCAGUGCAUGUCUGUGAAGAACACAGUGAGAACUGGUGCUGUUUUUUUUGCUACAAUUCUUAUUCGUGUCACAGCGCCUGCCACUUUCCCAACCAUGAACUUCUGGAUACAGUUAAAGAUGUUCUCACCAGUGGUGUGAGUUUUUAAAGUUUCACACAGAAGCAAGUCUUCUUCAAUCUGUUUGUCAAAAUUAUAUCUAACAAAAAAACAACAAAAUAGAAAGUCGUGCAACAUCUGUGGACUCGUCUAAUUGCAGUGAGUACCCAUCACAUUGAUGCAGUCGAGGAAUUAGUUCAGUAUGGAUGUCAUCAGCAAGAUCAUGAAUACGGAGCAUAACUGUGUUGUUGGAAAGUGGCACAGCUUCCAUUUGUUUACUCAACUUCUCACUUAAAAUACAUGACACUAUUUCUUUUGCACAUGGUUUUAUUAGUGAUUUCCCAAUUGUGUGUGCUUCUCCUGCAAGUGCCAUGCGGUAACUCAAUCUGUAAGAAGCCUCUGUGGCUUUUUCAUUAGCAUUUUGACAUUUUUUGCUCGUAAAUUGUUUACUCUUCUGAUACUCCUUUAGCUUUUGCUUAAAAAAGUCAGUCUUUAUCUUUGUACUCUGCGUGGUUUUGGUCACAACGACGUAAUUUAGCAGGUGCCAAUGAACUGUUUGGCAAUAUUUUAUUGCAACGUACACAUUGUGCUUCAGGACAAUCUUCAUUUCUGGCACUUGUGAAUCCAAAUGACAAGUAGCUAUCAUCAUAUUUUCUUUUCUUUGUUUGAGAAGAAGAUUGGCUAGCAUUGUGUGCUUUUCUUGUUUUUUGACUUGUCACUUGUCUCUUCUAUAUGAGGAACAGUAGAUACAACUAUUUCAGGCAUGUUUUCUGGAUAUUUAGUUGUGCCGAACAGGUAGAAGUAGUAAUAUUUUUUUCUCUGAAGAGUUUCCUGCUUGAACCAACUUUCCAAAUUCAUGGUUGUUUAUUGGUAAAAAAAAAUAGAUUAAAAAAAAAAAAAAAACACUUUGAAAAAUACAGAUCUCACAACCUGACUGAAAAGGAUACUGAUAUUGAUAACGCUCUUAGAAAGAACUGAACUUAAAGGACCACUAUAGUGUCAGGAAAACAAACCCGUUUUCCUGACACUAUAUAACCCUCAGGGCCCCCCUCCCGCUGGGCUGAAGGGGUUGAAACACCUUCAGCCACUUACCUUUAUCCAGUGCCGGGCUACCUCAGCGCUGGUGACCUCUCCUCCCCCGCCGACGUCAGCUCCCGAGUGAAGCCGAAUGCGCAUGUGCGGCAAAAACGCCCAUAGGAAAGCAUUUCUCAAUGCUUUCAUAUGGAUGUUCUGCGUCCUCAAUGCGAUUUUCGCAUUGAGUGUCAGGGAAGUGCCUCUAGCUGCUGUCAGGAAGACAGCCACUAGAGGCUGGAUUAACCCUGCAAUGUAAACAUAGCAGUUUUCUGACUAUAGCGGUCCUUUAAGUAUGAUUUUGGAGUUAGACUUGGAGCAAAAAGAUUUGAACACUUUGAAAAAUACAGUUAACAGUUUUUUGCCUCACAGAGUCUUUCAAUGCCCUUGACAGAGUCUUUCAAUGCCCUUGACAGAGUCUUUCAAUGCCCUUGACAGAGUCUUUCAAUGCCCUUGACAGAGUCUUUCAAUGCCCUUGACAGAGUCUUUCAAUGCCCUUGACAGAGUCUUUCAAUGCCCCUGACAGAGUCUUUCAAUGCCCUUGACAGAGUCUUUCAAUGCCCCUGACAGAGUCUUUCAAUGCCCCUGACAGAGUCUUUCAAUGCCCCUGACAGAGUCUUUCAAUGCCCCUGACAGAGAAUUUUAAUGCCUCCUAAUCGACCUUUCUAUGACAAUAACAGAACUUUAACUAUCACGUCCACUCUCUACCACGAGUGAUAGAAAAUGUCUGACAGCAGGGUUGGCUGGCUGACUGCUGCGCGGGCUCUCUCAUGGCCGAGCAAAGAUCACGAUUUCUGCUGUUUCCGACCUUCCGGGAACAGCAGGUAGCGGUGGCCAUUUUGGAUGUGGUAAAAUGCCGCGGAACCAGAGUUUUUUUUUUUUUCCUUGCUGAACACCAAUUGGGAAAUGCUGGAUUACUGCAUUCUAAAAGAAGCAUACAAAUGUUGUUUCAUGAAUUUUGAAGUCACGGAUGCAGUGAUCGACAAAUGUAAAUUUUUUUUUUUUAGAGCCGAUACUGAUAAUCUGUGAACAUUUUAGGCCGAUAGCCAAUAACAUACCGAUAUUCUGUACAUUUACCAUUUGAAAAAAAUAAACAAUUUAACACAAAGCAACUGUUAACCGAACAUGUUUAUUUAAUUUUUUAUUUUUUUUAUUAAGUUGGUAAAUGCACAAAAUAUACAUGAGUCAGAUUUUAUGUUUUCAUGAAUAUUUAGUGUUCCCCUCUCUUUCUGUCCCUUAGUGUACCUCUCCCCUCCCUUCCCUGUCCUUAAGUGUCCGUCUCCACCCCCCUAGUGGUCCUAAUAAAAUCUCCUGAACCACUAGUCAGUUGAUCCCUACAAGGAUGUACUAAAACUGAAUGCAGUACUGACUUCCUUCAUUAGGCGAAAAGCAACAUGGGAAAGAGAGGGACUGCAGAAUACAGAAUUAAAGGGAUAGUAUAGGCACCCAGACCAUUUAAUCUCAUUUAAGUGGCCAGAGUACACUGUCCAUAUACCCUUUGUAAGCAUUGCAGUUUUAGCUGUGCAUGAGGGUGUCCACCAUUUUCAAAAUACCUAUUGAAAAGCAUUGAUUUAAUGCUUUCCUAUGGGGAAGGACUAAUGCUCAGUGGUCUUACGUGCUCCCAACUUGCGCCGUUACAGUCCAUAAUGAAUGCGGCAGCAAGGCUCAUCUUCCUGUCCGCCCGCACCUCCCAUGCUUCACCCUUCUGUCAGUCCCUACAUUGGCUUCCUAUAAAAUAUAGAGCUCAAUUUAAAAUUCUGGUUCUUGCUUUCAAAUCUCUACAUAAAGCUGCUCCCACCUAUCUAUCCUCCCUUAUACACAAGUAUGUCCCGUCUAGGCCCUUACGAUCUGCUGAAGACUUACGUCUAUCUUCUGUCCGUACUCCCACCUCUGAUGCUUGCCUUCAAGAUUUCUCGAGGGCUGCACCGUUCCUGUGGAACUCGCUUCCCUCCUCCGUUAGAUGCUCACCCAGUCUCCACUCCUUCAAAAAAUCGUUAAAAACCCACUUCUUCAUAAAAGCGUAUCAAUUAAACUGUUAAUAGCUCCUGACUGAUUCCUCUUCUGCAACUGUCACUAGUCUAAUACUAUCCUUACCUUUUUGUGUCAUUUUACCACACUCCUUCUAGCAUGUAAGUUCAUUGAGCAGGGCCCUCAACCCCUCUGUUCCUGUGUGUCCAACUUGUCUGGUUACACUACACGUCUGUUCGUCCACCCAUUGUAAAGCGCUGCGGAAUUUGAUGGUGCUAUAUAAAUAUCAUAAUAAUAAUAAUAAUGCGUGCGGCAUGUGCAUGCGUAUUAGGUUUUCACUGGCAGUGAAGACGGAGGAGACGGAGAGCAAGUCAGCGCCGAAGGACCAUGGCGCUUAAAUAAGGUGAGUGUUUAAAGGGUCAUUUAACCCUUUGAGACUGCGGAAAGGGGAUGCGGGGGAUGGAAGGGGCAUGGGGACAUUAUAGUGUUAGGAAUACAGCUUUGUAUUCCCAGCGCUGUAGUGUUCCUUUAAAUAGUAAUGUAGGAUGAAAAGACUCAAGUCCAUCAAAUUCAGCUUUUCAUACAUCUACUGUUCAACCAAAAGAAGAUGAAAAACACAGUUUGAAGCAAAUUUCACUUCUGCUAAAAAAUAUGGGGAAAAAAAUCCUUCUUGACUCCAAUAUGGAAGUUGGACUCCUCCUGGAUAAACCAUUCAUAUUAACUAUUUAGUUUCUAAAAUAUUCUGCUUCUCCUAAAAAAUGUCUAUGCAAUAGAGAGUUUUUCUUUUUUUUUUUUUUUUUAAAUUCAACUGCAUAAUGCAUUAAAAAUGGCAGGUCAUGUCCUGCAUGGAUUACUUGUUUCAAUAAAAUAUGCAUGUUAAAUAUUUCUUUUUUACAGUGGAAACCGUUCAAAUACCAUACGCAAGUCUGUUCAGGGCUUUGCCCUGAAUCCUGUAUGAUUACACAUACAGAAUUUCUUAAAGUGAACCUGUUAUGAAAAACAUAGCUUACCUUAAAUUGCACAAAAAUACAUUUACCUUUCUAAAAAAACACAUAGACAAAUGAUGUAUUAAAUGUAAAAUUUUGAAAUAUUCUCACCUUAUUUGCAUCUCUGCUAUGUACUCUUCUUGUAACACCUAACUCUGGUCCAUCAUCUGGUCUUCUUUCCUUUGCCUUACUUUGGAAUGCUUCCCCAAGCGAGACAAGCCUCUUCAGUGAUGCCGGCAUUUAUCGGUUUGUUUCCUGUGUGCUUGUGUCUGAACCACUCCGUUCCUAUACUCCCUAAUGCUAGCAGCGUUGGAUGGGGAGUUUACAUAGCAACACAUUGCAUGUGCUGUGGUUGCUAUGCUUGGGAGUGCAGAAGUACCUCCUGUGUCGAUCAAAUCUUUGGCAGAGUCUAUGCCGAAGAUUUGACUUAGAAGAGGGAGAAAUACAUAUUUAGGAAUAGGUUUUUUUCCAAAUCUAUACAUCUGCUAUCAAAAUGUAUUGAUAGAUUGGUAUGCUUUUUCCAAAAAGCAUAAGACGUUUGGGGCUUUACAGGUCCCCUUUAAAUUUUUAUCAAUAAAUGUAUGUAUUUUUCUUUCUGCAUGACACCGUAUGCAUCAAUGUUAAAUGCAUGAUUGUGUAAUAAAUGCUCUUCUUUCUUUUUAUAGACCUCCAGGACAUGUUGCGUAAUCACUCUUUUGUGGGCUGUGUAAGUCCACAGUGGGCUUUAGUUCAAUAUCAGACAAAGCUAUAUCUUCUGAAUACUACAAAGUUGAGGUAAGAAAGAUCAUAUCACAAAUUAUGUACAUUCUACAUAUAACAUUCUCAUUAUUUGUCCUGAGCUAUAUAAAAUUGUAUUGAUUGUUAAAGUGGCACUGUCAUGCCGAAUCCCGUUUUUUUUUUUUUUAACCCGCCUCCACUACAUCCAAUUGACCCACUAGUCACCCCCAAAUACCCCUAAGCCCCCCAGAUUACCUCUUUUUAAAUCUUUAUUUUCUGCCCCGAUCUAUAUUCAGGGCGCCGCCAUCUUUGUGUGGGUAGGUGAAGUCCCUGUGGGACACGUCAUCAGCCCACACUAGAUGGCGCUGUGAGAUUCCCGCACAUGCCCAGUGAAACACCUGGACAUGCGAACGGGAAUUUCAUCUAUUCAUUCAUUCAUCAGACAGACGAAUGAGUGAAUAGAAAUAUCAGCCGAACAAACAAACACUAUGUAUCAGUGUAUGUUUGUUCGUGCAGGUUAUUACAAGGAGGGAGCUACCGGCACGCAGCUCCCUCCUUGUAAUAUGUAAAGAUAGAAGCGGCAGGGAGCAGUGCUCCCCACCACUUCAUAAGCCCCCCCAGGUCCCCCUCUCACUCUAUGGGGGUCAAUAUGACCCCCAUAAUAGCACAUUGGAGAUUAAAAUCUCCCAAAUGCCCCUACUCGCUAUACCGCGAGUAGGGGCAUGUCUACUAAACAGUGAGCAGCCUGUGGCUCAGGGGUGGGGGCCAGGGGGGAGGACAGUAGGUCCCCCCCCUUAUUGUUUUAUUAGGGCCCCACCCACCGCGCAGGGGUGGGGGCCUGGGGGGGGGGUACUGUAGGUCCCCCCCAUCUUUAUUUAGGGCCCCCACGGGCGGGGGUUUAUUCGUUUUUUUUGUUUGUUUUUUUUUUUACAGUGAGCAGCUAUAAGCUGCUCACUGCUUACUACACAUUCCCCUACUCGCGAUAUAGCGAGUAGGGGCAUAUUAUUUACUAAUACUAAGUAAUCUUUACUUAGUAUUAGUAAAUGUGGCUGAAAGACCAAUUUAGGUCUUUCAGCCUUUUAGUAGAUAACUCCCUGAUACCGUGGGAAUUAGGGAGUUAUCUACUAAGCGGCUGCAAGAUGCAGGCGCGGCAAUGAAUAGGAUCGGCGUUUCAUUCAUUAGAAUGAAAUUCUGAUACGAACAAAGUGCCGAAUUGCGUUCUAAAAGACAACGAACAUACUGUUCUCAUUCAGUUAGAACGCAAUUCGGCAGUUUCGUCUAAAAUGACAGGAAGCAUCGUGGGAACACAGAGGGAAGGUAAGGAUCAUGGGAAAAUUGCUCUGACCAGUGGUAAUGAAGCACACUUUGCUCCUCCGCUGGUCAGAGCUGGUCAAGCGGAGGAAUCCUCCAUAAGGCAAAGAGUCCCUACUUUGUCUUAUGAUUUUAAAGAAAACUAAAGAAGACAGGAAGAAAAGAAUAACAGAUCCCGAGAGAGGGAGAGAAGAGGAAGAGAUUGAGUAAAGGUAAGUUCGGCAUGACAGUGCCGCUUUAAUGGUAAUCUAUUAAAAAAAAAAAAAAAAUCCCAUAAUAAAAUGAAUAUAUAUAUAUAUAUAUAUAUAUAUAUUUUCUCAUUUUUUUUUAUUUUAUUUAUAUAUAUAUUUUAUUAUUUCUUUGCAGCCAGGAAUUGUUUUAUCAGAUACUUAUUUUUGACUUUGGAAACUUUGGCAUAAUGAGACUUUCCGUAAGUAUGUAUACAGAAUAUCUGUUUAAACUUUUGAAUAGAAAAUUCAGUAGAUGUCUGUUUACAUGUUAGUUUGUUUUAUGUGUUUUUUUGGGGUGUUUUUUUUUGACCAAUCAUAAAAUUUAAUUUCUUGGUGUGAAAGCUUGUACAUCUUUAUCUAGGACUGUGGACUGAACUCUCGGCUGUAUUUAUUAAUAUAAGAAUUGAGGCAAAGCGUUUAAAUGUAGAGCAAUCAUUUGCUUCAGAUGCCUGUUUCCACAAUAGGCAUCUUAAGGACCCUUUUCUAUUGCUUCUUGUAUUUUACAGUUAAUUUGCUUGUAUAUGCAGCCCCUCUGACUGUUAUCCAGCACCGUUUCAUAUUAGCCUUUAGUUUCUUAAAAGGUUCCCCAGGUAAAACAAAGAAAAUUAAUUCUCUUAAUAAAAACAUAGAGUUCUUCAUUUGAUCCUAGCUGCCAAAAGAACAAGUGAAAAACCAGUAAAACCUGAUUUGUCAGUUUUUGACAAUAAUAUUUUACUGGAUAAUUUGUAAAGAGCUUGUACUAACAAAGCAUGUGACAAUUCUAAAACAGGGUAUGCAUGUUAUAUCUAAAAUGGAGCAAAUACAAAAACUUGUCACAUUAUCUCAUACAUACAUAUGGAACACUUCCACAUGAUCAGUUUUGUCCAACCUUAAUUGUCUUUAUUGGCUGAAAGUGUUGAAUUAACUCUUCUCUCAUCAAUCUCUGGACAGUCACUGCUGUUCAGAUUAAAUUAACACCCAAACAACUUUAUCUUAGUGCAGUUGUUUUGGUUUAUAGAUCAUACCCCUACCGUCUCACUAUUCAAUUUUCUGCUAGGAGUUAAAUCACUUUGUUUAUACAGCUCUAGUCACACAUCUCUGGACUUGCAUGGCCUUCCUAAACACUUCCUGAAAAAGAACCUUGAUAUUCUAGGUUACUUCAUUGCACAGUCUAUUCAAUCUAGAAUUUCUUAUCUCCGGCUCUGUUAAUAUCCUUAUAGAGCUUGCAGGAGCCCUCCUGUGUGUGAUUAAAAUUCAAUUCACAGAGCAGGAGAUAAAAACUUUUUUAAUGCAAGUGAACAUCUGAUUGAAAAUGAAACCAUUGUGUUUUCAUGCAGAUUGUGUGAGUCACAGCUUGGGGAGGUUUGGCUAGGGCUGCAUAAAUAGAAGCAAAAGUGAUUUAACAGGGACAUGAGCUGCACACCCAAACUGCUUCAUUAAGCUAAAGUUGUUUUGAUGCUUAUAGUAUCCCUUUAAGUGCAAGUGUUAAUUCCAAGGGCAUAGUCUCUGGUUACCAAGAAGAGUGCUAAUUUAUGUCAAACUGCAUCUAAAUAGUUUGACAAUAUACUUGGUGAUAGUUGCCAGAGACUAAACAACAGUCACAACAGCGAGCUGCAGUUGCUUAGAAUGUCCCUUUAAGAAUGACAAGCAAUCAAGAGAGAAAUUACUGUCAAAUAUGAUCAACAUCAUUCUUUAAAGGGAAACUCCAGUGCCAGGAAAACAAUCCGUUUUCCCCUCUCACCCCCCAAUCCCCGGUUGCUGAAGGGGUGAAAACCUCUUCAGUGACUUACCAGAGGCAGCGACAUGUCCCACGUCACUGCUUCUUCCGCCGCCACUCCUCCCUUCCUUAGGUAGGCCGAUGGAUGAUACUGAUCCCGCCCACCGGCCGGGUAGACCUAAUGAGAAUGCGCGGCAAUGCCACGCAUGCGCAUUAGAGCUCCCCAUAGGAAAGCAUUGAAAAUGUUUUUCAAUGCUUUCCUAUGGGGAAAUGAGCGACCCUGGAGGUCCUCACACAGCAUGAGGACAUCCAGCGACGCUGUAGCACAGGUUUUCUGUGCUAUGAUGCAGGAAGUGCCCUCUAGUGGCUGUCUAGUACUAGCAACUAGAGGAGGAGUUAACCCUGCAAGGUAAAUAUUGCAGUUUAUAAUAAACUGCAAUAAUUACAGUUGCAGGGUUAAGAGUGGUGGGAGUUGGCACCCAGAUCACUCCAAUGGGCAGAAGUGGUCUGGGUGCCUGGAGUGUCCCUUUAAUGUAUGAAAGAAUUGUACACAAUUAAAUUUUACUUCUUGAAAAUAGCAUAUUGGCAAAUUUAUGUAAUACUGCCAUCUAAUGGCCAAAGUAUACAUGGCAUAGUGAGAUAUCUAAGUUUUAGUACAUGGAUGUCUACUUAAAGGCAACUCAUAGACCCCAAAAUAACAAUACAGGUAGUUCCCAACUUUACAAACCAAUUGGUUCCAAAGCCUAGUUCAUAAAGUGAGAGUUCAUAAAGUGAGAACUAAUUAUCCAUAGACACAAUGUAAUAAACAUGGGUUCCAUUCCUGACCAACAAAUUUUACUAUUGACAACCUAAAUUAUUAAGUACAAAUACAAAAUAGAAGCAUAGCAAAUACCUAUAUGUAGUAGGACCGUUAAAGGAAUACAUAUCAUAUUUAAAUCUUCAUCAUAUUAUCAUCUAUCAUCCUCAAUGAAGACAUGCUACACUUGUUGAAUGGGGCACCUCUCUUAAAGCCCUCCUACUUCUUUACUUUCUUAUUUAUUAACUUCCCGCUCUCCUUUACCACUUUUCUUUUCCUUCUUUUUUAAAUUUUUUUUAUAUUCUUUAUUUUAUUGUGCUCAAAGAAUACAUGGUAGCAGGUAAAGCCACGACAGCAUGUUCCAGCGUAGAUAUCAACAUUUCAAAACAGUAUUAGGCGUUAGUGAACAUUGCACAUUUUAAGGUAUGGGUUACUAGUGUAAAAACAUAACUGGUGAACAUCUCUUGUACCCUGUCUGGGAGUGCUAUCAAAGUGUGGUUCUAUGUGAGUGUCGUGCACAUAGGGGGACCUACUUUGCCGGAUAGCUGUGUGUGUAUGCUUUAUAGUAAGUUUGACCGUGAACCGGCAGGGAAGGUGGCGGGGGUGGGUGUGGAUAUGUUACUCUAGUGUGGUUUAUGAAAGCCGAGCUGUGGUCAUUAGUGUAAUGGCUUAUGUGUGUAGGAGCUAGUUAUGCUCGUCUGUAUCAUUUUGGUUGAAAAAGUUUCCUUACCGCCCACCAGUUUUCGCGCAAGUGCGGAAUAUUUUUUCGAAAGGAGGGUGUUUUAAAAAAAUGUACGUACAUUUAUCUUUUUAUUUCUACUUAAUGCAUGUUUAUAAUGUUUUUAACUUUAUAAAGUUUAAUGAGAAAACAAAAAAGUAAAUUGAAAUUACCUUUACUAGUGAUUGAGAUCCUUGAGGUUGAUGCUGCGAGACUAUUUGAUAUCUGGUUCGAUUUUCGUAAGGAACAAACGAAGGUCUCCUCUUUCGGUGAUAUUCAGACGACUUCUCUGUUUGCGCAUAAUAUGAUUUCUCAUCUGUGCGUCAGCUUCCCUCCUCAAUUCCCCUCCCCACCUUUUUUUUUCCCCCCCUUUUUUAAAAAAAUGUUUCCUCACAAUCCCCUUUUCUCCCUCUAUAUACGCCCUCAGCACCUAUAGGUGGUCCUUUGGACAUGUCUAAUUUUGGUCACCCACGAGAAUCACAUUAGAUCAAGAGAGGCAGUCUAUUUAGGAACGUCUUUUGUAUAAUACCAAUAAAGUAUCUUCUAGAUUUUUAUCAAAGGGACAGAAUCUCUUUCUUUUGAAUUUCUACUAUUUAGGGUUACCCCCUUAUUUUCUGUCUGUCAUAUGAAGAUAAUCUCGUUGCCAUUUUCUUCUUCUUUCUUCUUAUGUUCAUCCUAAGGUUUCAAUACCUAAUUGGCUCUGCUGAUUGGUUCUUAUACCAAUCAAUAACUAGUUAUCCUUAAACGUAUUAUUCUAUAUAUAUUGGGUCAUUUUUGAUUAUUAUCAAUACCUGGGUGUCACUCUACACGAGUUUGUCUCUUUAAAUGACUGACCUCCUAGAUAAACUAGGUGAUCUUAAUCUAGGACAGGAGGAAAUCACUAAUGUGUUUUCCACCAAUCCAUUUUCCUCACAAGGAACUAUUAAUGACAACAUCAACACCGCUUUCUUUGAGAUUCAGAAAACUUACCAGGAACAAAUUAAAAGCUUAUGGGAACUGACCAGUCUCAAACAGUAUCUUGAGCAGAAAUUAGUUCCCAGAGGCCUUCGCCCGACAUCCUGUUGCCAGACAAAAUCCAGACUGAAGAACAGCUCAGUGAAUGGAACUCUAUCUUAUUGAGCUGUUCCUUCAAAUUGAUGGAUUUCCUGGUUAAGUUGGAAACAAAUAACUUUGAGACAAGUAACCUUAAAUUAAAGGGAAAAAUUGCCCUCAUUAAAAAGUAUAAAUUAGAUGAUCUGUAUACCCCUAUGGAAAUCAAAUUGCAACAAAACAUUACCAACUUUAGACACCAUCUAAAAAUCAAAAAACACAACAAAUUUCAAAGAGACUUCAAAGAUUUUAAAAGUGGAACCAUUUUCCGACAAACCAACAAAAAUACGAGACGCAGAAACAGCUAUAGGGGCUCCUCUUCUGCCGAAACAGACUGGUCAGACCAGGACCAACAAUCACAGAACAGACGGAGAUCCCCUUACACACGGAACAGAACAUAUACAAAAGACACCAGUUUACAGUCAAACUCCAAUAAGAGUAUCCUUAAGAACCCUGAAAAGGUAGUUUCCUUUCUGGAUAUACCCAUCUCAGGGGACACGAACAACUCUACCUCAACUGUCCCCUCUUCAAAUCCUUUUUUAGAUCAGCAACAACGGGGACGUCUAAGAGACAGGGAUCCAUGGUCCUACAAGACCCAAAACCGGACCCCAAGAACUUAAUUCCAGAUAAAAUCAUUAAUCUCACAGACUUUCAGCAUUCAGUACAUCAUAACAGUCUACUCAACAAGGGACUAUACUUUGUACCUACCCCCAAAUGUAACAAAUUUAAUUGGUUCAAAGAUUUAAAUCUCUUUGGCAGAAAACUUGCCCUCAACAUUUUGCACGCCAAAAAAGAUCAAAUUGCAGCAAAUGAUUUGGGCCUUACUACACAGGAAUAUGAAAUGUCUAAAAUUCGGGACAGUCUUGCACAGGAAAACGAUCCGAGUAGACCAUUGACAGAUUUCAAGCCACCAAGCUAUUUCACCCCCAACUUCAGACACUCCUCAUAUUGACCUUUUCCUUCAAAUGUCACUGAACGAAUUUGAAAUGAAUAACAAGCCUAGCCAUACCAUAGACAACUUGAGCUUUGCCGAGCGUAAGGCUCUUCAAGCUUUCAAACAGCAAACUGAUCUUAUAGUCAAACCAGCUGACAAAGGUGGCAACAUUGUCCUCAUGAAACGGUCUGAAUAUGUUGAUAUGUGCAUGUGUCAUCUUAAUGACAUCUCCUACUAUAGAAUUCUUUCCUCAGACCCUACAAGUACCUAUGUUAAUGAACUGGAAACUUUAUUGCACGAUGCUCUCAAUCAACAGAUCAUUAACCAGGACAAACUCAAAUUUCUAUUACCUAAUAAAACUCCAACUAUUGCCACCUUUUAUUGUCUCCCGAAAAUACACAAGGGUACCCGUCCCCCCCCUGGUAGACCUAUAGUAUCUGGCAAUAACUGUCUUACAGAAGCCCUGAGUAAAUUUGUAGAAAAGAUUCUACAUCCUCUAGUACUCAAAUUACCAUCGUACCUUCAAGAUACAAAGUCCACCCUUCUUACAUUACAGGAAAUGACCGUUCCACCGUACACUCAGCUAGCAAGCCUUGAUGUUGUUUCUCUAUAUACCAACAUACCCCAUCACUUAGGUCUAAGGGCUUGCAGUUCUUUUCUUGAUAAUACCUUAUACAAUGAUCUACAAAAGAAAUUCAUCCUAGCUGCCCUUGAAUUUAUCCUUACACACAACUAUUUUGUAUUUAACGGAGCCUUUUAUCUCCAAAUAUCUGGUACCGCUAUGGGGACGGCUUGUGCCCCCACUUAUGCCAAUUUAUUUCUAGGGUGGUGGGAGCAGCAUGUCUUCACUGCCACAAAGUUCAGCUGUUUCCAUCAAUACAUUCUGAGCUGGCAUAGAUAUAUUGACGACAUGCUGCUCCUGUGGACAGGUUCUGUCCCCGUGUUUGAAGGCUUUGUCACUAUGUUGAAUGACAAUGACAUCAAUCUUAAAUUGAAAUAUGUGAUUGAUGAACAUGAACUGGUGUUCCUGGAUUUAAAGAUCCUACUCGAGCAAGACGGGACCAUCCAAACUGAAUUGUUCAGGAAGGAGACAUCUACCAAUAGCCUGUUGCACUGGACGAGCCACCAUCUAUAUCGUUUAAAGGCUUCCAUUCCCUACAGCCAAUACCUUAGAGCGAGACGCAAUUGCUCACAUGACCAAACUUUUUACAACGAAUGCAAGAUCUUGAGGUCACGGUUCAAGGAAUUGGGAUACCCCAACCGGGUCCUAAAACAGGCCUUUCACCGAGUGUGUGUGGUAUAGAUAGACACACCAGUCUCCAGUCCUCGAGACCAGCACAAGAACUUAAGGCACCUCGCUGUAUCGCCACCUUUGACCAAGGCUGGGACAAUAUGACCACUAUCCUACAUAGGAACUGGCCAAUUCUUUUACAUAACCCAGUGCUAAACAAAAUCUUACCAAACCAUCCAUCGCUAACAGCACACCGACCGACCAAUCUUUAUGAUCAAUUAGUUCAUAGCCAUUUGACAUCCCCUUCACCACCAACCAAUUGGCUAUCUUCUGUGAAAGGAACGGCCAAAUGCGGCCAUUGCAAGGCAUGCCAAUAUGUUUUACCUUCUAAAACGGUCAUAUCUACACAGACCCAAAUCAAAGUUGAUACUAAUGCUCUGGGGAACUGUAGUACCACACGACUUAUCUAUUUAAUCACGUGCAGCUGCGGUGUCCAAUAUAUAGGCAAAACUUUUCAACAGUUCAGACGAAGGAUCUUACCGCACAUCAACUCUGUUAACAACAUGAUUUCCCCUACCCCUGUUGCAAGACACAUUAUCAAUUUCCAUGAGGGCAAACCUGAAAACUUACGUUUUCAGGCGAUUGAAAAAUUACUACCCAACCCCAGAAAAGGCAACUUUAAUAAAGUUCUGUUACAAAAAGAAUCUCAGUGGAUAUUCACCUUUAAAACUUUAGCCCCCCUAGGUCUGAAUGAAGAAUUCAACUAUACUCCAUUUAUACAUGAGUAGCUUUAGUAUAUACUAUGCUCUCUUAGUCAUUCAGAAUAACAUUAUGUACAUAAUCUAUGUCUCUGAUGGUUCUUUCCAUUUGUGACAUUAUAUUACAAUCAUCAAUGAAGUUAGUUGACCCACUACUUCAUCAUUUGCUUCAUACUCACGUGUGUGUGUGUGUGUGUGUAUGUGUAUAUAUAUAUAUAUAUAUAUAUAUAUAUAUAUAUAUAUAUAUAUAUAUAUAUAUAUAUAUAUAUAUAUAUAUACACACACACACACACACACACACACAUUUUCUCAUAUAUACACAUCUAUAUUUAUUUAUAUACAUCUGUGUAUAUAUUAAUAUAUGACACCCAUACCCAUUAUUGUGGGACUACUAGUUAUUGUUCUCUGAUAUAUAUGUCUAUCAAAAGACAUUGGUUAUUAUACUUGACUAUUCCCCAUUAACUUGCAUUACUUAUUAUUUAGAUGUAAUGAUAAAUCAUUAAGGACAUUAAUACAUCUUUAUCCUUAUCAGAUGGUCCUGUGUUGAUAUAUACCCACAAUGUAACAGGGACCUCCUCUCUCUUUUUUGAUACCUUGAAGUCACCGUACUUCUAUCCUUCAUCCUCAGCCGAAAUCUGACCAAUCAGACAAGAGGGCGGGAUAUUUAAAUCAUACUAUGCAGGGAGUUAAUUUCCCCCUGACGAGCCUCUAAAAAAGACGAAACGCGCGUCGGGUUUAUUCCGACAUUUUCUCUCUAAGCACCUUGCCGUUUGUUUCCCUCUAUUACCCAGAAGCAGCACUGAGAUCUGCUGCAACCAGCUAUUCAAAUCCUUUUUUCCUCUCUACUAUUUAUUAAUGAGUAUUGGCAUCUACUCACUUUAGAACUUACCUGUGCCGACCUUGAGCCAUCUGAGAGCAUUUAUAGGAAAAGAUUUUUGGAGCUGGGAACCGGGAACUUACAUAGUGACCAGACUAUAUCGGCAUAGUUAUCAACAUACCGAUGUCAGUAAUUUGCUAAUCGCUAAUCAGACGAUGCCUCAGUAGAUAUGAUAUUCUUUAUUUCUUUCUAUACUACUAUCUGUGACUAUCAUACUCCUUUCCUGUAACUAGUGCCCACGAAGGCACUAUUCUUAUUCCAUGGAUUUUCUUCCUCUGUCAUUAUAUUAGCCUUAUAGUAUACUACCUAUUAGUUGUUUGUGAAAUCUGACAACUACAGAUUGCCAAAGCCGUUCACUCAGCGUGCUAUAUAACAUUUAUGGGAGUGAAACAGCCACAUAUCGGCAAAUCAACUCUCCCUGAGAACCUAGUGCAUCAAACACACUCUUUUGAUAUACAGCUUUUACAGACAUUAUAAGUGCACUGAAUAGAUCUAUAAUACUGCUCUCACGAAGGGGUAUGCAUGAAUGCACUGUUUGAUUCUAUGUGCACUCUAGCCCCUCUUGAUAUAGCAGAAACAGAGCAGACAACGGUAGCAAUUCGGCUUUUGCAUCCUGUCAGUACUAGCAGACAUUGCUUAUACUGCUAGACGGACAAAAAGGUUACAUUCUGUUCACUUUAUUUGCUAUCCAUUCUGACGAAUAGACUGUAUCUAUUUUUGUUCACACAGUCAUCAGAUACUUCUUUGCGAAUAUAUCAAGUGAACAGCCUUGAAGCAAACCAUGGGUAUAGUGACCCCUAGUGGUCAAUUAUCAAUAUGACAUUUCUGGCAGAACAAUUUUUGUAAUAUGCCAAUAUUUUCACUUUUGUGCUAUUACUACUAGCCACUUAUUAGAUAACAUCUACACUGAGGCAAUUCGCCCAUUUGCUUUUAGUGGGGUUUUGGAGAUAACCUCUCUCCUUUCUACUCCAAACCCUACCACUACUAGAGUGUAUGCAGACUCUGGAACCUGUACAUAUAUUCCUUUAUCCUCACUCACUAGUAUAACCAAUUUUUGUUAAAUGUUUCCUCACAAUCCCCUUUUCUCCCUCUAUAUACGCCCUCAGCACCUAUAGGUGGUCCUUUGGACAUGUCUAAUUUUGGACACCCACGAGAAUCACAUUAGAUCAAGAGAGGCAGUCUAUUUAGGAACGUCUUUUGUAUAAUACCAAUAAAGUAUCUUCUAGAUUUUUAUCAAAGGGACAGAAUCUCUUUCUUUUGAAUUUCUACUAUUUAGGGUUACCCCCUUAUUUUCUGUCUGUCAUAUGAAGAUAAUCUCGUUGCCAUUUUCUUCUUCUUUCUUCUUUGAUAUCUGGCUCGAUUUUCGUAAGGAACAAACGAAGGUCUCCUCUUUCGGUGAUAUUCAGACGACUUCUCUGUUUGCGCAUAAUAUGAUUUCUCAUCUGUGCGUCAGCUUCCCUCCUCAAUUCCCCUCCCCACCUUUCCCCCCCGCCCCCCCUUUUUAAUUUAUAGCAAUGCCCAGUAGGAAGGCUGAGCUAGGUAUCCCACUUACUAUUACUUACUAUAGCCCACUAUAACAGACAGGCAUACAUACAUACAUACAUACAGACACACACACACACAAGACACACACACAUACAGACACACUGACAGGCACACAUACUAAGACACACACAAGACAUACAUACAAAGACACAUACACACAUACAGACAGACACAGGACACACAUACAUACAAAGACACAUACACACACAACACAUACAUACAAAGUCAAGACACAUACAGACAGACACACACAAGACAUACAUACAAAGACACAUAUACAUACAGACAGAAACACACAAGACAUACAUACAAAGACACAUACACAAACACACACAAAAUAUUUUAGUCACCUUCCUGUUUCCUACCUUUUAGGUGCAGGAGGGUGACUUUCCCUGGGGUCUAGUGGUGGCUCAGGUGGAUGGGAGUCAGAGUUCUCACUCUGACUCCCUUCUCCUUCCUCCUGCGCGGUCUGUGUGUUAGCUGGGAGGAGUGACGUGCAGUCACUUCCUCCCAGCAUGUGAUGUAAUUACAGGGGGCCCGGUUGCGCUGUUAAAGUGCCCAGUGCUGACCCGGCUCCCUCACAAUCCACAUCCAUCGGGUGGCCCUGACAGCAUGGGCCACCCGAUGGACCCCUCCGUAUGUGGCCCCGGCGGUUCGCCGCACGGGCCGGGGCCGCAAGUGGUGAUGGCAGUACCCGGACGCAGGGGUACCGCCAGCUCGCACCCGCCCACCACCCAAUCUCUCAAAAUUAGAAAAUCCCUACCGCCCACCUGGAAUCCUGAAACACCCACUAGUGGGCGGUAGGGACCAGGUUGACGACCCAUGGUAUGGACGGUCGGUUGUGUGUGGCCAGCUCCGCUAGCUCCCAAGUGGGCUCAGCCAGUGGAAGCAUGAAGCAGACCGAGCCCUCUAAUCAGAGGUUACACUAAAUUAAAGGUAAAAGUAAAGCUGAGGCAGUCAACGAGGAAAUGCGAAAGAAAUUACAGAUAUAAACUAUUUAGCAGCACUCUCAAACUGUGCUGAUUAUGUUCAUUGUGGGAGGUGGAAUAGCAGUGUCACCAUGGGUUGGGCUGUCUUUAGCGCCUCAGGUAGGGUGACUGGCAGGCGAUGCUCUCCGCGGCUCCAUUGGGGUGAACUCCCGAAUGUUAGCAAGUUUGAGCUGGGUCAGACCUGUGCCGCUUGGAGUAUGCCCGUGGAUAUAAGAAGUGACUCCAAUUCCUGGAAGCUCUGUGCCUUGCGAGAUAUCCCGUUGUGGGUGAACAUUACAGCACGCGGGGUUCCCCAUCGGUAGGGCAUCUCUUUGGCGCGGAGGUGCUUUAGGAGUGGCUGCAGUGAUUUUCGCCAGGUAAGGGUGCUUCUGGUGAUGUCUGAAAAGAUUGUGAGUGCUGUGCCCUCAAACGGCAUAGGAGUGCGGCUAGAAGAGCGGCUUUGUCCGAUAGGGACUGGAAUCGCAGUAUUAGGUCCGCAGGUGCGGCUGUCGGAGCCCGAGCCGGUCUAGGAAGUCGGAACAUCCCAUCAAUUCUCAGGGAUUUUGCUUGUUUUGGUGGAAGCCAGACACCGCCUAAUAUAGUGUGGUAGUUCAGAGAGGUCAACAGAGUCAGGUAUUCCCCGAAUUUUCCUCCGUUGAUCUUCAAGAGCGUCUAGCCGUUCUGUGGUGGCGUUCUGCUGUUUCGUCAGGUCCGCCAUUUGUUGUUCCACUUUGGCUAAUCUGGAGACUUGGGUGCUCGAACAGGCCUCCAGUCGAGUAAUUUUGGUCUGUGCUCCUUCUAUGGCCUCUUUAUAGUAGGCCAUGUCUGCCGCUAGGUCUUUGCGCAACUCCGCCAGCAUACUCUUGAGUUGGUCUGCUGUGACCGGAUCUCUGGUUGUUUUAGGUGCGGUGGUGCGGUCUGGCAUGUGUCCGAAGGAUGCUACCUCUAUUAGGUCUGUGGCGAAUUCCUAUGAGGAGAGGUCAUCCGCCAGCGCCAUCUUGGACCAUGCGGCCUGUUGUGUGUUCCGCAGCAUAUCACCAAUAUCUCUGCCAUGAGUGCCUUUUUCCACCUUUGCCUUCUUAGAUUUUCGGCCCAUGGUCUGCGGUGUAGUCUGGUUAAGUUUAUGAGAUUUUUUGGGUCAAAUUCCACCAUGUAAAGGGUUUGUUAGAUUAAGUUUGUAUCGGAGCUCACAGAAGUGUGACCGCUCCGUUGCGCUGCUAGUUCCGCCCCCCUCGUCUCCUUCUUUUCCUACUUCUCCUCUGUUACUUUCAAACUUGCAUCUCUUGUUUAGCACUUUUCUUUUACUCCUUUUAUUUUUACAGCUCUCAAAUUCUCUUCCUUCUCCCCUUUCUUCAUGGUCUAGAUCCCUCCUCCUGCUCCUCACUGAUGUUGCCUGCCAAAACAUGGCACAAUGUCAGACACACACAGACAAAUCAAAUCUCUACUUAAUAGGACACAGUGCAAUAAUAUUACUGGUAUGCCCAUGAAAGGCAGAAAACCUGCAGUAUAGUCUAAACCUGUGUUUUUUGUUUUUUUUGUUUUUUUUUUGACUUGCCUUUAUCUUCAGGAACUGUGUUCCUAAUCCUCUUCUCUUUUCUUUUCUACUCCUGGCCACAAAUUCUUCUUCUUCUCUUGUUUGUGCUCCAAAGCACGCUCCUCGGUCCUAAUCCACGGACCACUGACAGAAAAUGGGGGUGAAACAAAAUGGCGGGGCAUCAAGGAAAAAGUCAUAAAGUCGGGAGUUUAUAAAGCGAGAAAUGCCUGUAGUUAUUUUUGGCCGAGACUUAUCCACUGCAGCCUCCAGCUCAUGCUGAUAUCAUCUGCGAUCUCAUCCAGUCCUUAGAGAGUUCAUGUACUGUAAAAUUCUGAUCUCCUCCAAACGCAGUUAUCAGGAAUGAGUUUUGCUUGGUUAUGGAGAUUGAAGACAGCCAUUGGAGGGUGAUUAUGGAGAUUGAAGACAGCCAUUAGAGGCUUACUUAACCUUUAAUCUAAAGAUUGCAUUUUUAUUUUUUUUUAAACAAAAGGGCAGUGUUUUACAUUAAACGUGGUCAUGUACGUUUACAUUACGUUUAACGUACAUGACCACUGCACCCAAACCAUUUUAGUGUUCCUUGAGGCCAUGACUAUUGUAUAUCUGAGAAUCUCUGUUCUAUUUCUUAGAAAUACACUGGCCUUCCUUGUAUAUCACAGUCAGGACCCACCUCUCAUUCACCUGGGGUUCCCUUACAUGUCUAGUCCUGCAGCCAACGCGACCCCUCUUUGGUGCAUGCCGAAGGACCACCGAGGAAGGAGGGCCGGUAUCUUCUUCCUGCACAGAAGCGGUGUUGCGACUAACUAUGUCCCAAGUCUUGGGUAGCAUCAUCCUCAAUGGGGGUGGAGCCUCCAUACAAUCGUAAUGUAAUAGAUGAACAUGCACCCAAAGGAGACCCUCUUAAAAGGGCAGGGGGCAAUAUAAUUAGGAAUGGUGGAGACAGAUUUACCAAUAGAUUGGGAGGAGUGAGGACCUCUCCCCUAUAUAACCACAUUUAACCAUGUCCUCUCUGGUCAGUUAUACUGUGCUUCAGUGUGUAUAUUCUAUUGUCUCCCCAAUAUUUGACCCACUUUUGCCUGUUUCCUUGUUUAUGAUCCUGUGCUGCCUGCCUCUGACCUUCCCUUGACUAAGUUUACGCUUAUUCCUUUUUGGUACCUCGCUUCGGUUUAUAGCUUCUAUUUGGACUUCUCAUGUUAGAACCGAAACAAUACCUCAGACAUAGUUAUAUAGUUAUCUAGGUAAAAAGAGACAAAAAUCCAUCAAGUUCAACCGUGAUGCCCAUUCUUUUAUGCCGUUGAUGUAAAAGAAGCCAACCCCUCACCCCAAUUGUAGCCAUUUCCAAUAAUGUCACAAAAAGAAAAAAAAUCCUUCUUGUCUCCAUAAUGAUGUUCAGAUUUCUCAUUGAAUCAACAGCCUGUUUUAUUGUGUUUAUGCAAAAAAGCAUCCAAGCCUUUUUAAAAUCUCUCUAUAUAAUCUGAUAACACAACCUAGUUAGGCAAAUAAUUUCACAACUUAUGUUGUGCCUUCCAGUCUCAGUGAGCGGCCUCUUGUCUGUUGUAUACUCCUGAUAAUGAACAGGUUAGCACACAGAGGUUUUUACUGACCCUGUAUAUAUUUGAAUAGUGCUUUCGGAUCACCUCUGAGGUGCCUUUUUUCUGUAGAAAACAAUACCAGUUUUCCUCAUAACUAAUGCUUUCCAUCCCCCUUACUCGUUUUGUAGCUUGCCUCUGCACUUUCUCUAGUUCUGCAAUAUCCUUCUUUAAAACAGGUGCCAAAAUUGCACCACAUAUUCUUUACUAUGAUUUUUAAAGAGGCAAAAUUUAUAUGUAUUGAAUCUCAUCUGCCUCUUGCCUGCCCAGUCCCCCAAUAUAUAUUGUUCAGACUAUAUUUUCAUACCUUGUUAUGUGCCAUCUGCAAACACCAACAAAUAGAAAAAUAGAAUGUGAUGGCAGAUGAAAACCAUUUGGCCCAUCUAGUCUGCUCAAUUUUCUAAAUACUUUCAUUAGUCCCUGGCCUUAUGCCUACCCCCUGCAUGCUUAAACUCCUUUACUGUGUUAACCUCUACAACUUCAGCUGGAAGGCUAUUCCAUGCAUCCACUACCCUCUCAGUAAAGUAAUACUUCUUGAUAUUAAUUUUAAACCUUUACCCCUCUAAUUUAAGACUAUGUCCUCUUGUUGAGGUAGUUUUUCUUCUUUUAAAUAUAGUCUCCUCCUUUACUGUGUUAAUUCCCUUUAUAUAUUUAAAUGUUAAUAUCAUAUCCCCUCUAUCUCGUCUUUCCUCCAAGCUAUACAUUAUUUAACCUUUCCUUGUAAGUUUUAUCCUGCACUCCAUGAACCAGUUUAGUAGCCCUUCUCUGAACUUUCUCUGAAGUAUCAAUAUCCUUAUGGAGAUCCUUCCCUCUUCCUACUGCUAAUACCUCUCCCUAUAUAACCAAGCAUUCUGCUAGCAUUUCCUGCUGCUCUAUUACAUUGUCUGCCUACCUUUAAAUCAUCUGAAAUAAUUACCCCUAAAUCCCUUUCCUCAGAUGUUGAGGUUAGGACUCUAUCAAAUAUUCUGUACUCUGCCCUUGGGUUUUUACAUCCAAGAUGCAUUAUUUUGCACUUAUCCACAUAAAAUGUCAGUUGCCACAAUUCUGACCAUUUUUCUUGUUUACCUAAAUCAUUUGUCAAACAUCAACCUUGUUACAUAUCUUAGUAUCAUCAGCAAAAAGACAUACCUUACCAUCUACAUCUUCUGCAAUAUCACUAAUAAAAAUAUUAAAGAGAAUGGGUCCGAGUACAGAUCCCUGAGGUACCACACUGGUGACAAGCCCAAGCUUCGAAUAUACUCCAUUGACUACAACCCUCUGUUGCCUGUCACUCUGCCACUGCCUUACCAAUUCAACAAUAUUGGAAUCCAAACUUAAAAAUUGCAGUUUAUUGAUGAGCCUUCUAUGUGCAACAGUGUCACAAGCCUUACUGAAAUCUAGGUAAGCAAUGUCUACUGCACCACCCUGAUCUAUUAUUUUAGUUACCCAAUAAAAAAAAAAAAAAUAAGAUUAGUUUGUCAUGAUCUCCCUGAAAUAAACCCAUGUUGUCUCUGAUCUUGAAAUUCAUGUAAUUUUAGAGGUUCAACAAUCCUAUCCUUUAACGUCGUUUCCAUUACUUUCCCCACUAUUGAAGUAAGGCUUACUGGCCUAUAGUUGCCCGACUCCUCCCUAUUGCAUUUCUUGUGAAUGAGCACAACAUUUGCUAACUUCCAAUCUUCUGGGAAUACUCCUGUUAACAAUGAUUGGUUAAAUACAUCUGUUAAUGGUUUUGCUAAUACACCACUAAGCUCUUUCAAUAACUUUGGGUGUAUUCCAUUAUGUCCCAUUGACUUAUUUGUCUUUACUUUUGAUAAUUGAAACAGAACCUCUUCCUCUGUAAACUCACAUGUAGCAAAUGACUCAUUUGUCCUUAUUCCCUAACUGAGGCCAAUUUCCUUAAUUUUUAUCUGUAAUUACUGAACAAAAAAUAUUAACCGAGGCAGUCAGAUAUGCCUUUAUCCUCUUCUACAUACCUUCCUUCCUUUUGUUUUUAAUCUAACUAAUCCUUGUUUUACUUUCCUUUUCUCAUUUAUGUAUCAAAAAAUGUGUUGGCCCUUUUUUUACUGACUCUAUUUUCUCUUCUGUGUGUGAUUUGGAAGCUCUCCUAACUUGCUUAGCCUCUUUUUGCCUUAUCCUAUAGAUCAUUCUGUCUUCCUCACUCUGAUUUUUUGCCAUGAUCUGUCUUUCAUAAAACCAUGUUAAUUCCAGCUAAUAUUUUUUUAAAAAUUGAAUUCCUGAAUAUUAUCAAUUAACAGCCCUUCAAAUAAUUUCCAAACCACAGAUGUUAAGCUCACAGGUCUCUAGUUUCCUUGUUGAGCUUUUGAACCCUUUUUAAAUAUAGGCACCACAUCUGCUUUUCUCCAGUUCUCUGGUGCAAUUCCUGAAAGAAUAGAAUCCUGAAAAAAACACUGGUAUGGAUAUUUAUGCACUGUAAAAUGUAAGCACAUGUCCAGUUGAACACUUGGCCAUUCAUUAUUAUCUGGGUUUCGGACCAAAUUUCGGGGUCACAAGUCCCUAGUCACCCCUACCAAAUAAACACCUACCUGCCUCACCUUAAUAAUAGUCAGUGGGAGGCAAUAAACUAAAUACCCCCAAAAAAUUUUUAUUAAUACUCCACAUUAGAUGUCUUCUUUUUUUCAGCCCCAAAAAAGGCACAUAAAAAUCCAGACGAAAAAAAAAAUUCCAUCUACUUUCCACGAGGUGCAAUGUGACUUGGAGCACUCUGAUUGUUUGGCUUAUGCCAACCAAUCAGAGUGCUCGAACAGGUAAAUCUUGAGACAGUCUGAUGGUGAAUAGUAAUUUAUUAUUUUUCAGAUAUCUCGUUAACUGCCCCCCCAUUUGGUGCGGUGACUAGGGGCUUGGGGACACUUAGUCACUUGGGAUUGUGGUUAUAUUUGCUACCACCUAGGGCCUAGGGCUACCAUUAGCGGUAUUAUGGGUCAGGAAUGCAUAAUCCCUCUACUAUGAGUUGCCCUGUUUGUCUCGCCCAAUGGAGGGCAUCCACCAAUCCACCAAGGAAAGGCAAGGUGCACCCAUUCAGUUAAGACCCUGUGGAGAAGCAUAGGAACACCAUACAAGGAGAUCAGCCAUACACCCCUCCGCUGCAAGCCAACACAUGCCAUCACAAGGACCAACCAUUCAGCUCAGAGACAGUACCAGAUCAUGAGGCCCUGUGUGUCAGAGGGAAGAUGCAUACACGCCCAAAAGUCAGGCACACUUAGGGGAGUAACCUCCCAAUGCAAACCUUCAAUUGUCGCGCGUUGUGCAGUUCCCAAGCUGCACCUCUAGUCCCCUUAAUAUCCCUCUCCACACCAUAGUUUCACUUCCCCCAAACCUCACAGAAUGAAUGAUUUACAGUUAUAUUGCAUACAUACUGUAAUUGUGGUAUAUCUAUCUGACCAAAUAGCCAUAGUGAUGUUUAAAGGAUAUGUCCGUUCCUUGGACCAGUUUAAAGUCUCUUUAAAUUAAAUUUGCAAAGUCCAGCUCUGCGGUUGCCUGUACCUCACACGCAGGAGAAGGCUCAACCCUGCACCGUCAGACAUGAGGGACCAGCCAAGAUCAGUUACACAAUGUUGCCAGGGUCCCACAUCCAAGGGCCACCGAGGCCAGCCCCCAGUAAUUCGAUAGCGAGAUGAGAAAUGUUUGUUGUCCGUAUUAGACUUAAGUGUUUGAGGUGGAUUAAUAUGAUAUCAUUUGAGAUUAACUCAAAAAAACUAAAUUAUAUGGGCAGUAGAAAAAGUGCAAGGUCAGUCACAUGAUAAAAGAUUAAAAAAUCCUACAACAAGAUAUAUAUAUCAUGCCAAUAGGACCUUUUUUUUUCUCAACUGUGAUUACAACUAUUUGUUUUAUCCAAUAAAUUGGUUUAAUAGCAGAUUACUAUUACUUCACCUUUCCUGAUGCUAGCGUGCAAGAAUUUCAUACUGGUCUGCAUACAGAAUUGAUGUUUUUAUAUUUUCCAAGAGUGUAUUUCUGAAGAAUUACUAUUACUAUAAAUUGUAGUAGAUGUUUACUUUUCUAAAGUAGUGUAUGUACAACCAGAACAGCUUCAGAGAAAAGGCAGUGUUUACAUUACUGCCUAGUAACAUCUGUAGUGGCAGUCACUCAAACAGCCACCAGAUGUGAUUCCUGGGUCAGUGCUGCGCAAUGUGUUCAAGUAGACAAAACUUUAAUGCAGAUGAGAAAUUAUGUUGUUGGUGCCUCAUAUGAAAUAAAACACAGAAAAUAAACCACCAAUAGUGUUAUCCAGUAUAAACAAUGUUUUAGGUAAAAUUAACAUAAAAUACACUCUCAAGGAGAGAGCUUCUAUUCAGCUUUUAGAUAGGGCUCUGAGUAGGGAUUGACCAAUACUGUUUUUUUUAGAACCGAUACCGGUAACCUGUGAACUUUCAGGCCGAGAGCAGAUAGCUUACCGAAAUUCUGUACAUUUACCGUAUUUUGUUUUUUGCAAAUCUUUUUUUUAUUAAGUGGUAAAUGCACAAAAUAUACAUGCCAGUCAGAUUUUUUAUGUUUUCAAGAAUAUUUAUAUUUCUGUGUAGUAGAUGCAGUGUGAGUAUUUGAUUAGUAAGUGUUUGUGUAGUGGAUGCAGUGUGUUUGUUUGUGUUGUGGAUGCAGUGUGUGUGUAAAAAUGUGCGAUAGGAACCUUCCCCCCCCCCCUUGCCUGUCUCUUAGUGCCCCCACCACCCCUAUUCCCCUUAAUGUUCCUCUCCCUUCUCUUUUAGUGGAUCCCCACCCCACAACCCAGUGUUCCUCUUCCCUUCCCUCCUUAGUGUCCUCCCUUAAUGUUCCUCUCUCCCCCCUAGUGUUCUUUCCUCCCCUGUCCCAUAGCGUUCUUCACACCCCUUCCCGGUCCCAUAGUGAUCCUUACCGUCCCCGGUACAAACACCCUAGCUCUGAGCGGUACAAACACCGCUCAAGGAUAAAUCUUGAGCUGGCCUCUUUUGAUGUUCACAAUGUAAACGGCAUAUGAAAGGAAUAAAACAAGAAUAAAACAGUAUGCACUGUUUCAAAAAAAAAAAAAGUCCCUGUAAGUUUUUAAUAAACUGCCCAAAGUAAAGGAUGGAUAUUAUAAAGUUGAUUGAUGCAUUUCUGCAAAAAAUACUAAUAAAGUAUUUUAUGUUGAAGAGCAGCUGAUUUGGUGAGGGUCAAUGAAAAUCAUUCAAGACUUCCAUUUUAUAUCUGGAAUGCAAAAGUUGAUAACUUUGUGGGUUAUUGAGAAAUAGGAGAUCUGCAAAUGGGCGUUAAUUUGAAAAGUACAUUUCAUUAUCCACAUACAAAAAAUACUGUUUAGUAGAUAUACACCCAAUUGAAACGUGCAUGUAUUUGAUUAUGUAUUUUUUCAUUGGGGUUAUAUCUAAAAAUGGCUUGCAAAAGCUGCACAUUUCUUGUCUGAACCCUGCCCAUACAUUCUGUGGCUGUCCACUUGUAUAUUUCUCAAUCCAGCUCAGUGACCAGUCUUUGCAAGGAGGUUGCACUAUGAACAAUUGCAGCCUCUUGUGUAUAGCUCCACUGAGCUAAACAAACCAGGAAGUAAGACUGGCUGUUUGAUUAAAAGCUAAGGGGUGUAACAAGGUUAAUUUGUGAAAGCGACAAUUUCUAUUGAAGCACAUUUUUCACACAUAAAGCACUUCAACAAGAUGAAAUGUUUUAUGGGUCUGGAGUGUCUCUUAUUGCCAUUAUGUCCCCUACUGCCAUUAAGUUGAUGUGAACAUAUGAUAAUAGACCCUUGUGAAUUUCAUUAGGAAUGUGCUCCACUUUAUGAUUUGGCAAUGCUGGCCUUGGAUACACCGGACAGUGGAUGGACGGAAGAAGAUGGACCUAAAGAAGGACUGGCAGAGUACAUAGUUCAGUUUCUGCAAAAAAAGGCUGAGAUGCUGAAAGACUACUUCUCACUUGAAAUUGAUGAGGUGAUAUUAACUUAUUUUAAAAAGGUCUUCUGCAUACAGUUGUACUAAAUUGGCCACCUAAGCGAGUAUCUGUGCAGAAUUCUUCCUUGGAAAUGGUUGGUUUCAGAGUUAGAUGCCAUAUAUCCGUUUUGGUUGUUACAUGUGAUAUUUUACGUUCGCUAUAUAACUACCUCUAUAUCAACAUAUUCAAUAAACUGAUGUCUACACAUGCUGGCAAAAUAUGCAUAAGGUAGCCAUCUGGUGCAUACCAGCUGUUUUGCGCUUCAUAGGUUUAUUAACCAUUUGAGAUGCAAUGCAUGUGUGACCAAGGCCUAUUCUGGCAACUUCUCACUUUCCCUGCAUGCACACAUAUUAUAUAUAAUUUAAAGGAGAAACAGAGCUUUCUUUUGAUAACCUAUUGGUAUACAUAACACAACAUUAAAUAUGAAUAAAAUAUAAAAAGAUUACGAAAAAUCAUUUAUUUUUCUCAGUUUGCGUUGAAAAAUUUCUACACUACAAGUGCUACUAAAGGAAACUAACUCCCAAAAUAUUCACUGAUUAGUCUUGAUUGUUAAAAUGCCCAAUAGGAUUUCAUUACAAUUUUAGAAGUUAUAAAACAAGGAAUGAAUUGUGGUUUUAAAGUCUUUGCAAAAUUUGGCAGAUUUAAACUUUAAUAGUAAUCACCGAAUCUAAAACUACUAUACAAAAGUAUGUAUUUGUAGAAAGUACAUCUUCCAGACUAUUUCAUGUAGAGCAUUUGGACACUUUCCGUUUAACUAUUUUAUCACCAACCUCAAAUAUUUAAUAUAUUUUGUAUAAUUUUGUGUGUCUCACUACUAUAAUGUUUAAUAUUUGUAUUCUGCUACUAUUCUCCAGUACAUUGUUCCACAUGUAUACCUUUCUCACUAAUCUAACCACUUAUCCCACCUCUAACCACACCUCCCUUUGCUGGCAUCAGUACUGACAACAGCAGAGGGAUUUGCCACCUCUCACAGGAUAGAGCACUAUGUGCUCUGUGAUUGCAGCAUGAGAGGAAGAUAUCCCUCUGAAGCUGCAGCUUUAUGCUGGGUAACUGGCAUCAUUGUCAGCUGGGGGGCAUGCAUUGAGACUUGCCUGGGGUCUUUUCAGAUCUUGGAGAUCUUCCUCUCUCUGGAGGCAGGCUCUGAAUCGCCACUGCUGAUUUAUAAGUCUAUGGGCAGCGCUCAUUUUGAGCACCAGAAGAUACAUUAAUUUAAUUAAUCAAAUAAAGCUGGGACGCACACCUUCUCUGCUACUUUCUUUAGAUGCAGAGAAGGCGUUCAAUAGAAUUCACUGGGACCUUAGAGAAGUUAUGUCUAGAUUUGGCUUGCUGGAUCCUUUUAUUGGUGCCGUAUUCACUUUAUACUCUAAUCCAACCAUCAAUCCAAAGUCUCUGCAUCUUGUUUUAUAUCAGAAAGUUUUUCAUUAUCUAAUGGUACAAGACAGGAUUGCCCAUUGUCACCACUUUUAUUUGUGAUGGCGAUGGAGUCUUUGGCGGAAAUCAUUAGACGAUGUCCAGAGAUUGAAAGCAUUGUGGUGGGAGACAAAGAACACAAAAUUGGCCUAUUUGUGGAUGAAAUCAGGCUUUCAUUAAAAAAUCCAUUGUCCUCACUUAGACAGCUAAUGUCAAUCCUGCAAGAAUUCUGCAAUAUAUCGCUUUAUAAAUUAAACACUAACAAAUCACAAGCUCUUUCCUUUUUCGUCCCAAGACUUGAAUUGGAUACUUUAAAAAAUAAAUUUGAUUUGGCAUAAAUUUAUGUUAGAACCUAUCAAGGAUGCAUGAUUGCAAUUUGAUAAAAAUUUGGUCAAAAGAAGACAUAGAAAAUUCAUCUGAUAUCGAAAUCUCUUGGUUAGGCAAAAUUAAUUUGAUUAAAAUGAAUGUCCUCCCAAAAAUCCUAUAUAUCAUUAGAACCAUCCCUCUCAAAAUCCCCAUCUCAUUUUUCAAAGUAAUACAUUCAACACUUCUAAAACUUAUCUGGAAUUAUUAACCGAAUAGAAUCAAAUUGCAAUUUUACAAAAGACCAGAGUUUAGGGAGGAUUGGGCCUAUUGUUUUUUUUUUUCCAUAUCUACCAUGCUACAAAUGCAGCAGCGGCCCUUAAAUUCAAUUUGGAUUCACAUAAACCUCAAUGGUUGAAAGUGGUAUCAUCAAAAAUUUUCCCACUUUCAAUUAAUUUUUUUUUAUGGAUUCCCACAAGUUUGAGACCAAAACUAUAUUCACUAUUUCCAACCACAAAAAUAACUAUUAAAGCAUAGCAUUUUAAAAUUGAUUAGACCAAAAACAAAUUUAUCAAGAGCAACUCCCUUAUCAAUUUUGAUCAAAGAAUUACAUGAUUUUGACUCUCCAUAUUGGUCCUCUCACUCAAUCAUAUUGAUAACCUUAUAAAAAAAAUAAUAAACUCCUAUCCUUUAACCAAUUAAAAGAAAGAUAUAUAAUUUAAACCAUUCGGAUAGCCCAAUUCAAAAUGUGAUGUUUUCAACCUGGAUCUAAAUCAGAGAACAAUAUUAUCACCUAUAGAAAAAAUUUACUUUUGGUAUCCGAGAAGGAAACAUACGAUAUCUAUUUUUUUUAUUUGACGUUUUAAAAAAAAUAAAUAAAAAAAUAAAAAUAACAAUGAGAAGUCAGAUUUCAUGUUACAUUGGGAAGGGAACUUAGGCGUGGCCUUUGGUCUGGAUGAUUGGAAUGGUUUUAUUUUAUCGUUCAAAGGUACUACACAGUGCAUCUCUCAUUAUGAAUCCCAUUACAGAUUAUUAUUUAGAUGGUACCUAACCCCCUUAAAAUUAUUAAAAUUAUCAAAUCCAAAUAAAUGUUGGAGGCAUUGUGGACAAGUCGGGUCCUUAGGCCAUAUGUUUUGGACAUGCCCAUUAAUAAAACUAUAUUGGAACUCAAUUCAUACAAUUAUUAAUACAAUCACAGAUUCAAUUAAAAACCUAACCCCUGAAAUUUGCCUAUUCAAAAUAUCUCCCCCAAAUUUAUCCAAAAACAAAUUGAUUAUACCAAUUCAUUUAUUAAUUGCAGCUAAUUCUUUAAUACCGAAAUAUUGGAAAACAUCAAAUGUCCCAUCCAUUAAAUAAGUUUUAAAUGUAACAAUAGAAAACAAAAGAUGUGAAUUGAUUUUUAAGGCAAAAACCUAUUAAAAAUAUUAAUUAACAUCAUGCAUGGGCAAUGUGGGAUGAGGACAUAGUAAAUAAAUAAAAUCUGAGGUGAUGUCCCCUUGUCGACCAACCUGUAUUUAUUUUUAUUUAUUAUGAUUAUUCUACAUUUUUUCUUUUUCAUUGUCAUCUUUACGUAUAUGCGUGGGUUCAUAUUCGCUUUUAUGUUUUUACUAAAAAUAUAUGUAUAAUAUUGGUGUAUGUUAUCUUUUCCAUAUAUUAUGGAUGUAUAUAUUAUUAUUGUUAUUUCCCCCAUAUUGUAAUCUAUUUCACUAAAAACAAAUUCAUUUCUGUAAAUUAUUAUAUAUUUUAAAAUUCAAUAAAAAUUAUUUGAAAGGAAUCAAUAUAACAGUAACAAUGUACACAUGUCUACAGUACAUUGAAACAGUAUCCAAAUAAAUUGUAGUAUAAAGAAACAGUAUGUGAGGUCGAAUGAUUAUCUCAGUUCGGUGUAUCUAAUGUAUCCUAAUAACUGCAUAUAAAGUCAGUAUGGCUACUCCUAAUUCACUCAGCCAAACGGAUAGGACGGUGUACACUCAAAUGAGUAUCAACUUAAAAUGGAUCUGCAUUCACAUUUAACCUAAGUGUAAUCCAACAUUAAAUUGAAAAUGUAACAUGAGGCAGCUCCCAUAAAGCACACCUCCUCCUAUAAAUGUCUACUACCCCAUGCUCACGUUGCCUGUAUGGGUAUCAGCUACACCUCACUGACGUGGCCCAAAGAAGGUUGAAUCGAUUAUCUGGGGUUUCUAUAUCUCUUGUGCAGAGGGAACUUGCUGGCAUUUCAGUUCUGGACUGCCGGUACGGUUGGGACCAGGCUGAUAUGCUUCCGAUAUGUUCUCUUUGUAAUGGCACAAGUGAGCAAAAAUUUUGAGACCUGAGUGGGGACUUACUGAAGGGCAAGCUAUUGAGUUUCCCUAAGCUUUGGUCAGUUCUCAAGAGUUUUCAUAUUCUUUGUUUUUGCUAUAAUCACACUACCACCAACGUCUGAUCGGCUUAAAGGGUUCAGGCCCAGGAUAGCCUGGUACUAUCCCCAGUAACAAAUCACCUUUGGAUUUUUUUUUUUCUAGGAUUAGUGUUUACAUUUUACAAAGCUACUUAAAAUAGCUACUUAACCCCUUCAGGACGGGUGACGGACGAGGUCCGUCACAGAGGGGAGACCCUUAACGACGGGUGACGGAUGUAACGGAUCACCUGGCACCCCGACUGGGUACCUCCGUUAAAGGAUGCUCCUAGCGCUUCCUGAGGACUCCAAACACUGCAGCAGACACCACAACCACCGAACUGGAGAAGCAUAUGAAUCCUCUCAAGCAUAUGAAUGCUGUAGACAGUUGAAUAGGAACCAUACGAAUAGGUUUACUCUCCUAGCAGUCAAACUGGAACAGCAUACAAUAAAUCCUUCCCCCAAUAAUGAGACGACACUUCACUUUGUGGGUUAAAACAGGAACUCUCUGUACUGUCACAUACAGUCUCUUUUAUUCCCAAUCCACAAACAUAGUACAGCCCACAGGGCGUUACAAAACAACCAAUCAAUCAAUACACCCAGACACUCCCACACAAAAUCCUCCCCUCUGCAUGUGAUAUGAUUACUGAACACAAUGGGUAAUCUCAUUAUCACCGGCAGAGGAAUACAGUUUUUACACAACAUUUAUAACUUCUAAAAUAUACAUGUCACAAACAUAAAACAUACAUUUUCAUAAUCAAUCCAUUCAGGGGAACAACAUAUUAAAAAAUGGCACGAAUCAGACCAGGGGUUCAAAAGUUAAGGGAAAGUCCUUUGUGACUAAAUGAAGCAUGGCUUUCUGGCCCAAACCAGUUUCAGAGUCUUCUAUCCUGGAGAUAAGUAAUUCAAUUAUCUCCCAGGACAGACACAAGACUCCAUUAAGCACAUGGUUGCAAAAGACACAAAACACUUUAAAAUACAUAAAGUCACUUUUUACACAUAACACACAGACAUUUCACAUAUCCCCAGAUAGCUGGGAUCUGAGCGCACAAAACUACCGAAUAGCGCUCAGAUCCUAUUCACACAGUUCAAUUGCCAUGGAGCCGAAGUCUUUAACUACACGAAUGGGCUCCAUGGCAUAGCUAUCUGGGUUAACACAUUCACAUAAAGUCUGGUCCAUAGUCCAAAGGCAAGAGGCGGGCAAGCAGCCCCCUCCAAGGACACGUGGCGAGGCCGGUUUCGCCACAUUUCUCCCCUUUACCAUCCAGACUAACAGGGUAUCUGACCUCCUGCCGGUCAGUGCCCUGGUUAGUCCAGCAACCCACCCACGAAGCACAAACAGCAAUACAGCCCACCCACAAUAACUGGUUACUACACCUGGAUAAAAUAGCAACUUGUCCAUGUCCAGGUGCCUCACCACGGCUGUGCGGGGGGCUGGUAGACUGCCUUGGUGGGUUGCUGAGUGGGCAGAGACCAGCGGUACUCUGCCCGGGUGCCAGCGCUACCACUGAAGUAGCCUGGUUGGAGCCUGGUUGUGGGAGGGGGAGACCGACUGUCUCCCCUCUGGAUACACUGCUCUGUGGCUGGGGGACAGGACCGACCGUCCCUACCCCUGGUGCUGCAAGUGCAGAGACUACGGUCCCAUCUGCAUAGUUGUGGGGCUUAACAUCUCCCCUUGGUGGGUUAGGCUGCCGCUGGAGAGAGGGUGUAACAAGCUCCUCUCUCUGAAUUGUAGACUGCCGCUGGGGAGAGGGGGUAACCUGCUCCUCUCCCUGACACUCUCUUUGCUGGUGGAGAGGGGGACCAACUGUCUCUCCUUUCAAUAUUUUGUCCUGCUGCUGGGGAGAAAGACAGACUGUCUCCGCUUCCUGCAGGACACACUGCCGCUGGGGAGGAAGGACUGCACCUUCCGUUCCCUGGGAAACAGUCUGCCGCUGGGGAGGAAGGACGACCCCUUCGGCUCCCUGGGACUCACACUGCCGCUGGGGAGGAAGGACAGCACCUUCAGCUCCCUGUGAUACAUACUGCCGCUGGAGAUCUGGGCUGACCGCCCAGCAUCCCUGUAGGGCCGGUAGAGAGACCGCCGUCCCAUCUCCACCUGCCAUCUGUGGGUCUUCCCAGGACCAGUCUGUGAGGUCCCUCAACAUUUGCGAGUAAGGACCACCUGGCAACUCCGGCUGCUGGGGAUCUGGGCCGGUCCCAUCUCCACCUGCCUGUUGUGGUUCCUCACAGGACCAGUCUAUGAGGACCCCUACUUCGGGUUCCUGCGGCCGCCUCAGGGGGAGACGGCUAGCCUCCUCGGAUGCAGCCUCUACUCGGCUGCUGUAACACUCCUUCCUCUGAGCAUACUCUCUCUCUUUCGCCAGCCGGAAUUCUCGGGCCAGCCUUGUGUUUCGCUCGGCUGUGACCUGGUUCCAGAUCACCCGGCGUACCUCCAUGGGUAAAUCAUCCCCAUACUGGGCCACUCGCUGCCUCACCUCGGCCAUCCAAUCAUCGCCAGAGCCUUCCAUACUUGUCUGCUCCAAGUCGCUGGAUACCUCUGCUCCCAGGGGCGCUGCACGUGUGCUAGCGUUGCCCUCAAUUUGUAACUCCACGAACGGUGUCUCUGAGCUGCUUUACGCCGGUUUCGCCACAACGGACCUCGUCCGUCACGCGGUAAAAUUAACCCCGGAUCGCCGCUAUCGCGGCGAUCGCGGGGUUAAUGGUGCUCCCGGUAUGCCUCUGCAUUGGAGGCAUACCGGGAGCACCCGGUCAGGCUGCCCAGCACAUGUGCUCGCUCUGACCGCAAGUCUGAGCGAGCACAUGUGCUCUCUAUACUCACCUACUGGCUCCCUGCACUUCCGGGUUCUGUGUGAAGUGCAGGGAGCCGGAUCAGUGCUGAUCCUGCCCCCUGCUGUAAAAAAUAAAUAAAGUUUAUUUAAAGUCUUACCCAUUUUAAUAAAAAAAUUAACCCCUUCCCUGCCAAUUGAUCACUGACUACAGUGAUCAAUUGGCAGGGAUUACAUUUUACUAUGAUCUGAUUUUUUUUUUUAACCCCUGAGGGUUAAUUCUUUUUUUUUUAACCCUCAGGGGUUAAAUUAAUUAAUUAAAUUAUUUUUUAAUUAUAUAUUUAGCUAGCUGGGGUAGGUGGAAGUUAGUGGGGAAUUGGGGGAUUUGGCGUUAGGCUAACUAGGGGUUAACGUUAAAAAAAGUUUUAAAAGAAACUUUAAAAAGUUAAAAAUUAAGCUUAAAAAAAUGUUUUAAUAACAUUUAAGUAAAAAAAACAAAAAAAACACACUUUACCUAGUCCAAAUAAAAAUUAACCCCUUCCCUGCCAGUCGAUCACUGCCUACAGCGAUCAAAUAGAGAUCACAGUAUUAUACUGUGAUCUAAUUUUUUUUAACCCCUGAGGAUUAACUUUUAUUUAUUUUUUUUAACCCUCAGGGGUUCAAUUUAUUUAAUUAAUUAAUUUAAAUAUUUUAUAACUAUAUAUUUUGCUAGCUGGGGUGGGUGGGAGUUAUGGGAAAAUGGGGAAUUUACUGUUAGUGCUGCGUACUGCUAGUUAGGGGUUAACGGUAAAAAAAAAAGCUUAGAAAAAUGUUAAAUCUGUAAAAAAGUUUUAAGAAAGUUUAGGAAAGUUUAAAAAAAAUUAUAAGCAAAACAAAAGUUUAAAAACUAGUUUUUAAAAGUAAAAAGUUAUAAAAAGUAAAAAAAUACAUUUUAAAAACGCUCAUUACCACUACACCUGGAGCAAACUAGAGAAAAAAUUAUCCCACGCCAAGGUUCAAAAUAUGCCUUUUGAAUUACCCCAGGGUGUAUUCUUUAAUAAAUAGUAUGUGUUUGUGGGGAAGUUUCAAUAACCAACCGUCUAAACUACUCCAAAUUGGAACAUGGACACAGCGUAAAACUUCAAAGUUAGAAAAAACUGAAUGGCUGCGUCUCAAAUGCGCCCCUUCAACAUCCACAUAUACCUGGCAAAGGUACAUACGGGGGUAUUGCUGUACUCAGCCGACAUAGCUGAGCAACAUAUGAAGUAUUAUACAUUCAUAGCACACAUAAGGUUUGCAAAAUAUGCUGCGCAAACUCACUUUGUAUGUCAAAAAGGCAGAAAAAACGCUUAUUACCACUACAUCUGGUACAAGCUAGCGGAAAAAUGAUCCCACGCUAAGGUUCAAACUAUACCUUUUGAAACACCCUGGGGUGUCUACUUUAAGAAAUGGUAGGCCUUUGUGGGGUAGUUUGAAUUUAAAACCUGCGAAGAUGCUUGGAAAUUGCACAUAGGCCCAGCGUCAAAAUUCAAAGUUUGGUAAAAACGGAUAUGGCUUGGUCUCCUAUAUGGCACUGUAGCUUCACAAAAUAGUGCCAAAGACAUUCAUUGGGGGUGUCAUUUUACUCAGAAGACUUAGCUGAGCAUAAUUUGGGGGUUUGAACUUAGUGGCACAUAUGAAAUAUACAAAACGCCCAGCAAAAAUGCAAUCCGUAUGUAAAAAAUGCACAAAAUUAUUUUUUACCACAUACUUUGGCAUAUAUUGGUGAAAAAAUGGGGGCAUGUUAAGGCACAAUAUGCACCUUAUAAGAUACCCUGGAGUGUCUACUUUUACAAAUGGUAGGCCUUUGUGGGGUUUUUUUGAACAGUCAAACUGUUAUAAUACCCCAAAUGGAAGCUAAGGCUCAUUAAAUUCAUCUCUCAAAAUUCUACUGUGAAUACUGAAAAGGACAGGUAUCCUGUAUGGCACUGUAACUUCACGAAAUAGUGCAAAAGACAUACAAUGGGGGUGUCAUUUUACUCAGCAGAUGUAACUGAACACAAAAUAAAACUUUGUACAGGAAUAGCACACACCAACUUUACAAAAUAUACACGAGAAUUUCUCUGUUAUAAGUUUGUGUGCCAAAAACCAAAAAGAACACAAUUUUACUCCAAUAUUUAGCAGAGGUUGGCGGUGAAAUGGCUACGUAGAAAGUGUCAAAACAACCUUAGGUAAAUAGCCCGUGAUGUCUACUUUAUAUAAAUAUAUACUUUUGUGUGGCAAUUUUGUUUUCUUUUAUGGCUAUUAAGCUUACAAGACAAACAUACCAAAUUCUAAAAUCGCUCCACAUUAAAAGUUUAUUUUACUCCUUGUGCUUUGUGACCUGUAACUACCAAAAAAAAACUUAAAAUCCCAGACACAUUAUAUAUUCUGUAAAUCAGAACAAAUAAAUAAAUUUAUUUUUAAUUACUUUCCUUAACCUGCACUAAUUAUGCACACAUUAUUAUUGCAAAAACUGUAAAAAAAAAAACAAUAUUUUUCAUUUUUUUUGCAUUUUUCUGUAUUUUUUUUAUAAUAAGUAAGCAUUUAUAUAUAUAUAUAUAUAUAUAUAUGUUAUAUCAAAUUAAAGCCCUUUCUGUCCUUUAAAAAACAGUAUAUAAUAUGUGUCGGUGCAAUAAAUGAGAGAGAUGCAAAUUGCAGUUGAACGCAAACAGCAAGAAAAUGCAAAAAUUGCUUGUGUCAUUAAGCGUAAGUCAAGCUUCUGAAGCUGUGUCCUUAAGGGGUUAAAGCAAACAUAUAGUGGUGGGAUUAACACAAUAUGGCCGUAUGGUGGCACUUAAUCCCCCUAUAUUGGUGGGCCUACACUAAUUUUAACAUGGGAAACAAACAUGCUAACUACAAUAUUUACUACUUUUUUUUAAUUGUGUUUUUGCUGAAAUAUAUUUAGAAUGAUAUAUGUUUACAAUGCAUUUAGAUUAAUUGAAUGCAGUUUAAGUUAUAUUCAUUUAGCACUGAUACUUGAGGGCUUAUCCAGUACAUUUUCAGAGGUUGUUCAACACCUCAGUCACCACUGGCUGCUAUUAACAAAGUGAUAUGCUCAAUUACUUAAUUAUGCUUCUGUUUACAGAAAGGAAACCUUACAGGACUUCCACUAUUGAUUGACAACUAUAUUCCACCUUUGGAAGGAUUACCAAUGUUUAUCCUACGUUUAGCCACAGAGGUAAAUAGCUUUUCUGGACAGGUCUUAAAAGUACAUCUUUUUGUAAGCAUCUCAUUAAGUUUAAUCAAAAUGUAUAGAGCAAACUCUAAUAUUGUAAAUUUAGAUGUCAUUCUUUGAGGCUACAUGAACUCUCACAACAUCAUGGACCAGUGCUCAACAUUAUGGAUUGCAUGUUAGAGAAAUUGUAAUCCUGUGGAUAGAUUUUGGCCAGCAAAAAAAAGUUAAAUAAAUAAAUCACAAUCACACGUACCCUGUCAUGAAGUAUAGAACAAUUCUGGAUAAAGAAACUAUGGAUAGAGUCUUCUGUAAAGGGAUUCUACUAAGAUUUUAUAACAAUACUGUACUCCUGAAAUAUGGCAUGAGCUAUUAAGUAAUGCCAGAAAUAAUUAAUGUAUAUUUGUUUUCUGGACAGUGUGCUCCUUAAUCCUGUAGUGACCAAUCCUCACUUAAUUAAUUUAUGCAAUUCAACCUCAUCAUUCUUUUGAACAGGCCAGGUCACAUAGUGUAUGGUUUAAAUUUUAAAUGUUUUUUUCAAAGCAAAUGUGUGGUCAACUUGUUGUUUUUUCCAAUUAAAAAACAAACCAACAAAAAACCUUGUAUAUUAAGUUGCUGUAUAGCCAACUCUUAAAGACAGAGGUAACUCAGCAAAUAUUUAGUAGUGCUUUGCAAUGGCUGGCAAGAAAUAGGCUGAAAUUGACAUCUGCUGCUAAAAGACCUUCAUCAGUUAAUUCUUCCCGAUCAAUGCGGCUGGGGACACAACCUAGGAGUUAAACUAUUGUUCAAUGUCCCCAGGGACACUUGCUCUCUUAAUGACUUCAACUGAAAUUGUUAUGGGGAUGGAGUGUCUCAUUAAUAUUUGUAUGUGGUUUUGCACAUUGCUAUUAUCUAUGAAGUUAGAUAUUUUUAUUUUAUUUUUUUCUUCAGCUUUGUAACUUUAUUUUUUUGCCUCCAGGUGAACUGGGAUGAUGAAAAGGAAUGCUUUGAAAGCUUUAGUAAAGAAUGCUCUAUGUUUUAUUCCAUAAGAAAGCAGUACAUACUGCAGGAACAUGCAACUGAGGUGAGCAUCAAUGGUGUUCAUUUGCAGCCCUGAACAGGGUAAACCUUUUAUUUUCUUUUGUAUUUUGUAUUUAUAUUGUGUUCAAUAUGCAGACAUUAACAUGUUAAAAUUAAGAUGACUUUUAAUUUUUAUUUUAUUUUUUUUACAAUUGCUUGCAAUGUGUCUAUCUUCCAUUUGCAGUAUCUGUAGCAGACCUGCUUUUUGGGUUAUCCUUUAGGAAAUAUAAUAGACUUGCUUUUAGGUACACAUACUUACGUGUACACUAGGAAGAUUUCUUACAAAAGUUAAGUUUUUUAAUCUUCAUAAACAAUUUCACCCUUCUAUGUUUAGAACAAGGAAUUAGGUUCACCAUCAUGGCGAUGGACAACAGAACACAUCCUGUACAAAGCUUUCCGGACUCACCUGCUACCUCCAAAUCCAUUUGCAGAAGAUGGAAGCAUCUUACAGCUUGCAAACCUUCCAGAUCUGUACAAAGUAUUUGAAAGAUGCUAGUGUACCCCGUACCCAUAGAUAUAUAACAUCCAUAUUGGGAAUAUAUAUACGUCAUCCUUCACUGUGAGGAACUACUAACUUUAUCUAUCACAGAUUGGAGCAUAUGAGGUAUAUAUUAAUUCAAUUCCUGCUGAUUGGAUGGGACAUCACUAUGCACUAAGUUCCAAUUACAUUUCCUGGCGGUUUUGGUUUUCAUGAACAUAAUUUGUGUAUGUGUUUCUUCUAGGCACAAUGCAUAAAUAACUAUAAAAUAUAUAUUUAAUACUCAACAUUAAGCACAAGUACAGGUUAUUCAUUGAAAGGUAAAUAGUUGUGAAAGUGAAUUUCAAAUAUAAGUCAGACUACUCUAACUGAAAAUGUAUCUGAUUUGGAUAAUUUUUCUAGUGUGGCUAUUUUAUCUCUAAAUGAAGUCUUCAGCUCCAUAUGUAUAAAGAAGAAUUCAUGACUUAAUACAGUGUCACAAAUAUGUACCUUCAAAUGCAAUCACAAAGUCUACCGAGCAAGAGUGCAUCUGUUUAAGGCGUUAUUUUCUGAUAUGUGAAUAUUAUAUAAGGUAAUGAUUGAAUGCUAAAUAAAGAGGAGUUUUUUUGCAUUGUUUUGUAUUUUUUUAACUUUAAUUUAAAUUACUAUAUUGAAAAGAUGUCCUUUUGUACAGAUUAUGCAGAUAUAACCUGACUAUAUCCAAGUUAGCAACCUUAAAACCAGG